GGAGCCGGGGCCCGGCUGCGAGGGAGGAAGGGAGAGGCCGAGGGAGCCGCUCUGGCGAGGCGGGCUCUGAGGAGAUUUGCCGGGCUUCAGCUGGCGGUGGGGAAGGGAGCGAGCGAGAGAGGGAGGGAGGGAGGGAGUGCGUCGCUGUGCGGAUGCGCGCAGGGCACAGAGGGGCGGCGGCUUGUGCCUGUUUCUGCCGGGGGAAGCAUGCUGCUGUUGCCGCUACCGCCGUUGCGGCGACUGCUGCUGCAGCCCUUGCAAGGCCGGCGGGCGGCCUCAGGCAGCUGCGCGCCCCGGACGGCCGGCUGAGCCGCAGCGGCGCGCGAGGGUGGAUCUUGGCAAGCGCGGCUUUCUUCUUUCGGCGGCUGUCGCUGCAGCAGCAGCUGCUGCAGCUCCUUCCCUCCGCCAGCCAGCUAGCCAGUCUCCUGAUGCUUCUGGUCUACUACGCGCCCCUUCCUAGGUAGAAGAAUGAGGGGAUCUCAGCUGGGCAUCCUCGAGGGAGAACCUGCCUAGGCGGCCCGAGGAGACCUUCCGGAGGUGGACAUCGGAGAAGCGACAACCUCUGCCGCCGCAGCGCCCAGCUGUGCGCCUUUUGGAAAACAUCAAAUGCUGGUGCGCAUCAAGGGGAUGGGGAUGUUGAUGGGGAGGUGGGGGAGGAGAGAAACAGGCUCCCUCUUUGCAAGAAAAAAAAAAGUGUGUGUGUUUGUGUGUGUGUUUUUGAACCUCCCAUCAGCUUUCUGAUCAGCAUUUGAGGAGGCGGGCGGAUGAGGCGAGGGGGGGAGGAAACGCCUGCGCUUGGCUGCCUCCCGCUGCAAAAGCUUGUUUUUCUCCGCCUUGCCCGGCAGGCGCUUGCCAAAGAGGGAGCUUCAGGGCUGCCCGGCUCCGAGAUGCAGGUCCAGGAGGUGGGUGUGGCUCCGGCGCUCACUUCCUCGCUUUUUCCCUCCCGAAAUCGCUUGUCGAGCGACGAAUCCUGUCUCCACGGGGGCGUUGAAAUGGUUAGGAUGGUGGAUUCCCUUGCUUUCCAAAUAGUGCCUGCCUCAAACAGCAACGUGCGAAGUUGACGCGCAGUCGAAAAGGUUUGUUGCAGGCGCCCACCCACGUUGCUGCUGUUGUUGUUGCAAGUCGGUGAUCUUAAAUAUAUCAUGCAGUUGCCUUCCCUCCCGACUUUAUUGCGGUUUCUCACAUGGAAGACUAUGUUUCUUUAGCUACACAGCCAACCAGAAUAUCUCUCUCUUGGUGAACUGAGGUGGAUGUCUAGGAGUGAUGUUUGUGACCCUGGUUCACAUACACUUGGAGGAAUUGCUUAUGAAAAUAGGCUUUUAAAAAAUAUGCUCAGCAAUGUGGGUAAGAAUCUACUGCAGUGAUGCGUUCAUGCCUGAAGGUACAGAGAGAGGUGUAUAGCUAAUGUUUAAGCUUGUUCAGCAGAACUUCAAAUCAUCUGUAAUUUACAAGGGGAAACAAUUCUCUUAGCUAGCCACUUACAGAUAAAACAUACUUUGAAAGAAGCAAAUGGACUAUUUUUGGAGUUCUCAUUUUCAGGUUGUUUACGAUUUCCUGAAGAUUUAUUAUAUUAAAAAAUGGGAAGGGAUAUUAGCUUACAGUGCAUCAUAGGCCUUGGACAUAGACUGGACAAAAACAAGGUGCAGCUUUGAGAUUUGAGAAGUGUUGUGUUAAGAGAUAUUCAUUUAAAUAACACCAACUAUGCCCAUGGCACUUUACACAAAACAGAUACGACAGGUCGCUACCUUAGGGGUAGACACUUAAAAUCUAUGAGUAGACACACUUCAGAACAAGAAAGGAAGGAAUUUUAAAAAUAUUCUUCUAACUUUACUGGUAGCAAGGGGCGUAGGAAGGGGGAGGGAUGCAGUUUACUCCGGGUGUCAUCCCUGAGGGGGUGACAAAAUGGCACACCGCGGGGGACAGCACUUACCACAGGGCCUGGCCUGCAGUGUGCCUGAGCCAUGCGUCUCUCCUGGGAGUGACACAGUGGCUUGAGGCCCCACUUUGCCUGAAAUGGCAGCCUGGGGCUUGCGUCUGCCAGGCGGACUCCAUGGUCAACUCGCCGCCCUGCCCCCCUGGGCGGAUCACUCUGGCGUCCCCGUGCAGUGCCUGCCCCCCGUGUGCGGAUCACCGCAGCACCCCUGUGGGCGGCUUGCCCCACCUCCAGCACUCCGGGUGCCAGAGCAGCUAGCUACGCCACGCUCCUGCUGGUAGCAUUUAUUUUGCAUUUAUUUAAGUGGAAGAAGAAAAUAGAGCAAUGGAGAAUAAGAAAUGCCCAAUAGUUAAAAAUGUUUAUCCCUUCUUUCUUUAUCCCAGCUAUUUCAGAACUGGUAAACCCUGUUUGCUGGUUGAUCUAUGCAGCUGUGUGUGUAUGUUUGCUUGCUUGGUAGUUAGGACUUACUCUGUUGUAAAGGUGCAUAAGAACUGCUUUGUUGAUAACACAUGUAAUGUUUAGGCUAGGAUAAUACCUUCUUGUUACCUGAAUUUGAAAACAGGAUGGUAUGAGUUGUUACAUAACCUUUAUCAUGAUAUAUGUUAAUAGAUAAGCAAGGGAAAAGGAACACAAUGGAAGUUAAUUGACAUACAGUUUAGUUCUGAUCUAGUAAAGAGUACAGUGGUACCUCGGGUUACAUACACUUCAGGUUACAUAUGCUUCAGGUUACACACUCCGCUAACCCAGAAAUAGUGCUUCAGGUUAAGAACUUUGCUUCAGGAUGAGAACAGAAAUCGUGCUCCGACGGCGCGGCAGCAGCAGGAGGCCCCAUAGCUAAAGUGGUGCUUCAGGUUAAGAACAGUUUCAGGUUGAGUACGGACCUCCGGAACGAAUUAAGUACUUAAUCCAAGGUACCACUGUACUUAAGUUUCCCCCCCAAAAAAGUAAAAUAAAACAUACAUUUGCUUUCAUUAGUUGUAAAAAUAUGUUAUGACAGUAAAGUUUGAUAUCCAGUUACAGAGUUUGUCAUGAUGGCCUACUAGAAUUAAAAAAGAAAAUAGAUUCUCUGGUACCCUUUGGCAUAGCAUUUAGUUAUUUAAAUUGGACUUCAUUUGAUUUUGACAACCAUUACAUUUUGAGUAAACCUACACAAUUACAUAUGUAUGUUGUGGGUGUUAUUUUUGUACUGCAUUUACUGUGUCUUUGUUACACUAGCUUUUGUAAUGAACAACGAACUUUAAUUUAAAAUGGUAAAUAUCUGACAGCUAAUUGAUUCUGAAACAGUGCUUGAAAUAGUGUGUGUAUAUGCUUGAAAAAACUUUAACAGCCGUUUUGAAGAGGGUCUUCCUAGUGUAAUGCAUGAACAAAUAUUUGCAGCUUUCUAAAUCAAUAUUUGUAGAAAGGAUGACACCAGGUCAGGCUACAAACUGAACUGUCAAAAGUCAUUUAAGGAAGCACACAAAUGUGAACAUAGAAGUCAAAAUGGAAACUUUACCCAACGCUUUGAAUGUGGAAGACUCCCAUAAAGAUGUAGCAAAGAAUUAAGUAUGUUUUUGACAUGGUAAAUUCUAUACCUUCUAUACCCACUUACCUGGGAGUAAGACCCAUUGAAUGCCAUCACUUAUUUCUAAAUAGACUUGUACAGGAUUGCAUCCUCACUUUUGAUUUUGAAGCAUCUCUUGAAGACCUUUUUUUGACAGGCCUCUGUAGCAGAUUAAUAUUUUUUUAUUCGCAUGUCAUUUUAAUGCUUAUCUGUAUUGUUUUUCAGGGUGCUUUAUGUUUUAAUGUUGUACACCGCCCUGUUAUUUUAUGAAAAUGGCAGUAUGGAAUUAUUUUUAUAAAUAAGUAAGUAAAAGCAAUCCCAGUUAGUUUUAACCAUAGUUUGUCUUGAUGAUCCCAGUUACGGUCCAAAAUACAGCGAAACAACAUUUUAAUUUGCUGGGUGGCAUAUAAACACCAGUGGGUGCUUUAUAAAGUGGCGGGAGAGAGACAAAUUAAGCACCUUUCACAGACAGGCUAAAGAGGCCAGAGAAUAACCCUCACUGUGGUUUGCUUGGUGCAUAUGGGUUGCUUAAACAUUUGAAACUUUGAUUUCACACCCUGGUCUGAAGUCUGGUCAAUACUUAACCAUGACUUAGGGAUUAAUAAAUAACUAUAUUAUGUUUUAAAUGUAUUUCUUUCACUGGUUUUAAUGUCUCUAUACAGUGGUACCUUGCUUUAAGAACAGCUUAGUUUAUGAACAACUUGGAUUAAGAACGCUGCAAACCCGGAAGUAGCUGUUUCGGUUUGUGAACUUUGCCUUGGAAGCAGAACAUGUUUCACUUCCUGUUGAGUGUGUUCCAUUUGUAAAUUGAGUCCCCCGCUGCUAUGGGAAAGCACGCCUUGGUUUAAGAACGGACUUCCGGAAAGGAUUAAGUUCGUAAACCAAGGUACCACCGUAUGGGGUUUGUUUGCUUGCUUUUAAGUCCUAUUGAGUUGCCUAGGGCAAGAUAAAUUGACCAAAAAAAUUAAUAAAUAACAAUAAUAAAAGGACUAGGAAAGAGAGAGUAGGAAGAAGAAGAGUAAGAAGGAGGGUGGAAAAAGAUCUAAUCUCAAAAGAUCUGUGAUUUUAAACUUGUUCAUUUAUGCUUAGGGGUGAGCAGUGUGGUGGUCAGGUUUGUACGUGACACCAGAUUAGUGUGGGUAGUGAAAACCAAGCAGAUUGUGCAGUUUCAGAAGGAGCUUGGCAAACUAACUGAGUGGGCGUAUAGAGUGCAGUGUAAAUAAGAAUAAUGUAAUGCAUGUGUGUGCUGCAUAAACCUAACUUCACAUAUACAUUGAAAGGUCUGAAACCGAUGGUGACUUGUCAGGAAAGAGAGCUUGGGAUUGUGGAGGAUAGCUCAUUGAAAUCAUUGACCUAGUGUGUGGCAGGUUUGUGAGAGUGAUUAGGAAAGGGAUCAAAUAGAAAAACUACCAGUCAGUAUGGCACUCCCCUUAAAUCUCUGGUCUGGCUACACUUGAGAUGCUGUGUUUAGUUUUGGUUUGCCCAUCUCAAAAACAGGAACAGAAAAGGGUACCCAGGAUGAAUCAGGGGCACUUUGACUAUGAGGUAAGGUUGCAGUGGCUGGGUUUUUUUAGUUGAGAAAAAUGUGACUGGGGGAAGAACCUAAUAGUUAUUUUAAACUUGUGUAGUGUGUGGGGAAGGGGCAUUGAGAAGGUUCUCUCUCACGCAAUAGUAGGACUCAGAUUCAACCGAUGAAACUGAUUGGCAGAAAAUUCAGGGCAGACGAAAGGAAGCAGUUCUUGGAUGGCUUUAAAAUACCUUGGACACAUUUGUAGAGGGUGGGUCUGUCAGUGGCUCUUAGUCAUGGUGGCAAUAGGGGAUUUCCAGGUUCAUAGGCAGUAUCGGCACCAGUUACUGGGGAGCAAUAACGCUUACUGCCUUGUGAGUGUCUCAACACCACUGUUGGGAAAAGAAUGCUAGACUCCGUGAAUUGAUCCAAAAGGGCUGCUCUCACAGUCUUAGGCGGCAGCUUUGAUCAUGCCAUAUAUUCUUAUUCUAAAAGCUGCUUGAAUACUUUAUGUAGUAGAAGUGCUCGACCUAGAAGGUACUUAACAAAUAAUUGAAAGCUAAUUAAACCUUUUUUUAAAAAAAAGGGACAAUGCAGUGUGGUUUAAGGCAGUGAUUGAAUGCAUUGCCAUUAGUGAUACCAUUCUUUUCUUCUUAUGUUGAAUUUUGUCCCAUUCUUAUCUGUUUGGCAGCCAAAUAGGGCUGUCUAGAUACAAAGUACAGUAAUGGCUUCUGUGUGCUCAAGGAACUUUCUAGAUAUGCUGAGCAAAAAGAAUAAUAGCUUGUAUAUAAAAAUAAAGAGAAUAUCCUGUUCAAACCCAUGGCCCCUUACACCUGACUUAAAGCUAAGACAUAUGUUCAGCAUAAGGUUAAUCUGCUGGGGUGGCUAAUCUUUGGCCUUCCAGACAUUGUUUGCUUAUAACUUCCAUUGGUUGUUCUAACUGGGGUUGAGAGGAUCCAUUCCUACUAGGUACUUAGCUUAAUGCCUCUUGAAAUCAGUUAACAUUUGGAUUUUCUACCACAAGAUGUGAUGUUUACCAACUUGGACAGCUUUAAAAGGGGACUAGACAUAUGUAUGGAUGAUAAAGCUAUUGGUGGCUACAUAAUUAUAUAUUAACUCCAAUAUGUGUAUUGUUUUACCCCCCCAAUACAGUUUUAGCUUUUGUGGUGAUAAUUGAAGCAAGCAGCGAUAGGUUUAUCUGUACCAAAAACCACUUCAGAUCUGCCCAUCCUUGACUCAUUAGACAACAAUGUUUUGAUGUUUUUAAAGCAGUGCCAUUUAAUUUUUGUAAUCACUGACAUUCUGCUUCUGUCCCACACAUCAUCUGUUGUAUUUUAUGUUUGUGUUGCAAUCUUCAAAAAUGGUAGUAUGGUGGGCAAACUAAUAUCCUGGUUUGUUUUUCUUGAAAUGAAUUCACCUCAUACAUUUGAAGCGCAUUCCCUCACCCUGGGAAGCGUAGUUUGUUAAGGGUGCUGGGGAUUGCAGCUUUGUGAGGAGUAAACUGCCAUUCCCAGCGGCCCAUGUUGAGAUUGUAAUGAAGGACUGACUUCCCACAUGGCCAUCAUAAGAGGGUCAUUGCAUGAGCCUCCAUGCUGUCAUCAUACGAGAGUCUACCUCCAUGCUUGUGCAAUGUCCUUUGAUGACAUGUGGAAGUAGUGUAGAGUUGCUAUCCCCAAACUUGGCCCUCCAGCUGUUUUGGGACUACAACUCCCAACAUCCCUAGGUAACAGGACCAGUGGUCAGGGAUGAUGCGAAUUUUAGUCCCAAAACAGCUGGAGGGCCGAGUUUGGGGAUGCCUGUGCUAUGCAAUGCCAGCAUUCGUGAGAAUAAGCUACUCUAGACGCUUCUGCUGCAGUGUAGAGCUAUGGUGGUGCUUUCAAAUGGUCCCUGCGUGGUGAGCGUGAGGCGUACACUGUCACCAAGUCCUUGGUUUGUACUUACUUGUUUCUGGCUUAUCCUGAUGGAAAACUGGGCCAAGAUGGAUUUCUGCCAAACAAGCUGCAUUGCAACAGCAAUGUGUGGUGCAAGGAACAGCAAGAUCAAGUUGUGUCUGUCCUUUACAAUAAUUGCCUUCAUGGACGGAAUAAGCUGAACAAAACAGCAUUCUCCCUCUUGGGACCCAAUUAAUGCCAAAAUAGGCCCUGUGUAUUCCCUGCAUGUGCUGGUAAAGUUGCCCUAACAAACACAAAAGUGAUUGGAUGCUACUGUGUACCAACCAACCUUAUCUCUGAAGGUGUUGGGUUGCAGAUGCCAAAUGCAGCUGGAGAAUCAUAUGGGAGAAAACCAGAUUUUAGAUAUCCUGGCCAUUUACCACUUAGUUCUUUAGAAUGUGCAUUUGCAACUGACGAUGACCUGGAAACAAGUGUUGCUAGAAUUUAGGAGCUCCAGAGGUCAAUCUAGCCACCAGCUGACAUUUAUGAUGCUUUUUUAAAAUGUAGCUUCAAGAAGACUGGGAUCUAGUAAUUUAAUGUGGCCAACUCAUCCAGGAAGGGGCGCAACAGCGCUAAGCCCAGGCUUGUGGUUUGUUGCUCCUGGUUUCAGAGACAGGAGUGUGCAUUAUUAGCAUUUUGCACAUAUAAAGUGCAUGCCUUCUCAUAAAGAGUGCAGGGAACUGUAGUUUGUUAAGAGUAUUGAGAAUUGUAAUGUGAGGGGAAAGCUACAGUUACCAUGAUUUUUUGGGGGGGCGAGGUGGGUCAUGUGCUUUAAAUGUAUGGUGUGGGUCUUCCCACAGUAAGACUUAAAAACCACCGUCUGUUGUAACGUGCGAACCAGUUCCAUGCAUAGAUGGCAUGCCUUCUGAUAGGAUGUAGUGCAGAUAGGAAUGCAUAUAGCCUGCAGACUGAGACCACUUGCAUGUUGCUGUUACUCACACAUUACUAGUCGCGCAUAACACUUCAUUCGGUACGGCUAUCUCUGGCUCAAAGCCAAUGUGAUUUAAGUUGGAAAUGCUGGCAUCUAUUGUUGGCAGCUGCUUGCUUGAUGCUUCAUUACUGUGGGCAGUUUUUAAAGUGCUUUCUGUAGUUGAAAUGAAUCAUACUAAUGGCUUGAGUGCCUGGAAGCUAAAGUACUAGCUACUGUACAAAUGCGAAUCGGGCCCCCUUUUCCAUUACUCUCCUUGGCUGCUGAUUUCAGAAGUGCAGAUGAUUAAAGUGAGUGUGAUCAUUACAGCUUCUUGAGAACUAAAACAUUAACUUACUAGAGUCGCAUCUUGCAAGCUUCUCUUUGAAAUCCCAUGGGCUAGGGGCAAAAGCACAUUGGAAAUAUUUUUUUCUUACUAUUUUCAAAAGCUGAGGUUUUAAAAGCAUAACAAGAAAAACGCCCCUUCCUUUUCAACUAUUAAAUAGCUUACUGUAUGUGAUAUGUGAGUUUUUGUCUGUUUCUGGGGGGAAAUUUUGGGGAUGUGUCUAGGCAAUGAAUACAUCACUCUGACACUGCUUGGUGGCCAGUGACUACAUGCUUGCUGGUGAGUUCAAUGAAGAAAGACUGGUGAUGAGUCAAAUGGAGUUCAUUUAACUGGUCAAUAAAGUUGUUCCUGCUGUAGGAAACAAGGUUAGUCUACAAUGCUAUCUGUUGUGGAAUUCAAUUGUACUUUGAUUAAUCUGGAAGGUAACCAAGGCCUUGUUUACAUGCUGAAGAUAGAGACUCGUGGUCUGCAAGGUGCUGUCGCUACAAGGAACUCAAAGAAUUAUGUGAUAUCCAUUUGUUAUAACAGGUGGCAAAGGGGCAAGUUUUUUUCAAGGCCUUCUCUUUAUUCUACAUGAAUUCCAGAUUUAUGGAAUUCCCAUGUGCUAGAAAGAUAGUAGGUGCUGCAGGCCGAGGGCAUUUGUGACUACCAGACAGCUGAUGGAUUUUAAUAAAUGUGGCAGUACGUGGGGAGUCUCUUCCUACAUGCAUUAUAAAAUUAAGUUCCUCACUUACGAUUAUGUAAUAAGAAAUGAGUGCUGCUCUUCUGGUUUAUGUUGAAUCUCCUUAAUUAACUGAUCCUUUGCCAGUUUGAUUUAUAAUAUUUACUUGAAUCAUGGAAUUGCAUACAAAUCCUCAUAAGUUGAAAUGCCCCCUGGAUUUUGCUUUGGAAGUUUACCUGUGUAUUCCUUCUGCUCAUGAAAAAUGUGUCUUUUGGACUGAUAACAGAAUAAUUUAUGGGAUCCAUAGGAUCAGUGGACUGAAAGGAGUGCACAGGGACCUAACGGACAGUAAACUUAACCACGGCGUAGAUGUUUGGAAACGAGUUGCAUUGAUCAAGGGGCUCUGCUUCUCCCUUCUCUCUUCCAUCAUGCACAUAAAGAGGAGAGUGAACAUAUCACCUUUCACUUUAUAACAAAGUAAAGGUCCCUGUUAUGGGCAAACUUGGUGAACCAUGGUGUGUUAUAAUUGGUUAGUUAAAACCUGGAACAAACUAUGGUUUGAUAUCCUGGUGAGAUUGGCAGGGAUAGGGAACCUAUGGCCUUCCGUAUAUUGCUGGACUACAAUUCCCAUCAUCCCUAACCAUUGGCCAAGCUAGAUGGGGCUGAAGGGAACUGUAAUCCAGCAGCAGGCUCACCACCCCGAUUUCGUGUGAAAACAGAAGCUUGUAACCUUCCUUGUGCAUGAAAGAGAAAGAGGGAAGGGGAUUGCUUGUGGUCUGAAAAAAGUUAAUUCCUGUGUUUCCAACUAAUAUAAGGAACAAACUCCUAGAUGUGGGAGCAUAUGCAGCAUGCAUAAAAUCAUGCUUUCUCUAAUGAAUGAUUAAUUGUUUUAGAUAGAAUAGCUGCUACUGUACUUCUAUACUCAAAAACCUCUAAGGGGAUUAGAAUCUCAAAUUUACAUAUACUGUAAUAUGUAUUAGAAGAGUGAAAAAUUAUUCCCUUUUAUCAUUGUGGAAUCGUUUUGAUUGUGAAUAUAUCAUGAUGGUUAAGUGACUACCAGAAGUAACCAAUGCAUAUUAAAUAAUAUUGAGGGUGCACUCAUGGAACAGAAGGAAAAUAAUUGCCGGAAGCCUCCGAUUAGUACAGUGAUUCUGCAUGAACUCAGAAAAUGAAAACUGAAUGUUGAUGUAGAGAUCUUGAAUUUUCUCAAGUUGCGCAUAUAUAUAUAUAUAUAUAUAUAUAUAUAUGUUUUACCCUUCAUGCUGUGCAUUAGUACACUGUGCGCAGUGUGUUGGAAUUAAAGUUGCUAUAGAAACCUUAACUUUGGCUUUAUAAUGUGGAUAAUCUGUGGAGGGUUUAGCUGCCUGCCUCUGUACAAAAAAUAGCAUUCUCUGCAUUGCUAAGUUACCGUAGUAGUUGUUUCCAGGUUCUCUUCCCCCUCUUUUUUGGCACGCAUAAUAAUACAUUGCAACAUAUGGUGACUACCUUUUUUGACUCCCACCCCCCCCGGCUUUUUCUCAAAUGUUUUUAAAUUAGUUUUCAAGCAUCCGUAAUUUUGAAGACUACAAUGGCUAAAACGUAUGUUUGACCUGAAAAAUAGCUCUCUUCUGUUUUCUGUCCACAUUAAUGGCAUUUACAAGUCAUGCAGUGAUGCAUCUCCUCUUAAAAGGUUUUCUUCCCCAUCCAUCAUAUAUGUGCUUACUCAGAAGUAAGUUUUGCUGAGUUCAGUAGGGGUUUGUUGCAAGCAAAUACCAUUUAAAUCAGGGGUCAGCAACCUUUUUCAGCCUUGGGCCGGUCUACCAUCCCUCAGACCAUGUGGUGGGCUGGAUUAUAUUUUGAAGAAAGAAAAUGAACGAAUUCCUAUUCCCCACAAAUAACCCAGAGAUGCAUUUUAGAUAAAAGCACACAUUCUACUCAUGUAAAAACAUGCUGAUUCCCGGACCGUCCACGGGCCAAAUUGAGAAGGCGAUUGGGUCGCAUCCGGCACCCAGGCCUUAGGUUGCCUACCCCAGAUUUAAAUCCUAGCAUCAUGGGCAAAAAUUCCACUGAGUACAGGGGAUCAAAUCUUGUUUUAAGAAAAUGAGUUACCGUCUUUUUCGCUCUAUAAGACGCACCAGACCAUAAGACGCACCUAGUUUUUGGAGGAGGAAAACAAGAAAAAAAAUAUUCUGACUCUCAGAAGCCAGAACAACAAGAGGGAUUGCUGUGCAGCGAAAGCAGUGAUCCCUCUUGCUGUUCUGGCUUCUGGGAUAGCUGUGCAGCCUGCAUUCGCUCCAUAAGACGCACUCACAUUUCCCCUUACUUUUUAGGAGGGAAAAAGUGAGUCUUAUAGAGCAAAAAAUACGGUAUUAGAUAUAUUAGGGUUUUCCUUGCAGCAGAAUCCUGUACUUAUUUUUGACAGUACGUAAUCUGGGAUGUCCACAUUCUUAGCCAUCCUUUGUGUGUGGGAGAAACAUGACAGAGGUGACUUGAAAGGGACUCUUACACCCACUGGAUCCAGUGAACUUUUUAGAAACAUUUACAUCCUUUAUGUUUUACUUUCUUUAACGUUAAAACCAUCAUGUGGACUUGCAGUGGAUCCACAAGAGGGUGCUGCUCAGUCUCUUAAACUGACUAGAAGGCUACAAAACCAGUCUUGGAAAUACUUGCUGCCUGCAUCUUAUUAGUUUCGUAUUAGUAUCUUAUGAGUUUCUAUUUCAAUAGCGCACCCCUUCUUUUCCGGCUUGUGUGUGUAUAAUAAACAUAAUGUGCAAAUGUGUUUUUAAAACAACAUUACAGUAGGUCUGAGGUCAAUCAGUGAAGAUAACAGCAGGAUUUUUUUCUUUACUCAUUUACAUGCAGAUUUAAAAAGUGUUUCCGAAACCUUUAAUACUUGGUUCCACUUUUUAAAGCUAUCUUUCUUUCUUCCCUACUUACUAUUUCAAUUUAUUGAGCCAGAAUGCUUGGUGAAUCGCCGCGUUGCGCCUGUUUAGCGCAGUGCGCGGGGGACUCACCGAGUGGGCGGCUCAGUUUGGGGGCAGCUCGUGGGGCAGUAAAACGGGCUUCGUGGGCCGCACGUUGCCGACCCCUGCUCAAAACUGUAUAGUCAUCACCCUGAACCACAUUAGUUCUAAAGAGUAUGCAGGGAACCUUGUCAAUCAUGCAGCAGUGGUAUGCUGUUGAGGAAAAGCUGUCUCUAGGUUGAAUACAGCAAAGAGGUUGAGAAUCCUGGCCUGUUUUGGCACAAAAGCAGUUCUUGGUUAUCUCUUGAUUCUGAAGUAAAUGUUGACCAGUUAGUUUCAGUGGUAGUAAUACAGCAAUUGUGGAAAGUGAUGUGUAUUUUAUUAUAUCUAUCUUAAAAGUUCGGUAGUCAUCCCUUUGAAUCCUACUUGUUAUUUUCAGAGAGUGGACUAGGAAAUAAAAAAAAGAAGUGGGGAAAGAAAAGAGUAACACGAGAUAUUGUAAACUUAAUUUAUGGUUGCAGGGACAUUACUAAUGCCUUCUCCAAACGGUCUCCUCCCACUUUUGAUUAUUGUUUCUUUUUCUUAAGAGCACAUGGGAGUGAUCUGACUUCCUUCCAGUGAAUCUUUGAAGGUACAGUGGUGCCUCGCAAGACGAAAUUAAUUCGUUCCGCGAGCUUUUUUGUCUUGCGUUUUUUUUCGUCUUGCGAAGCACGGUGUCGGAAAAGUUUUGGAAAACCUUAAAAAAUCACCAAAGUCUUCAAAAACCUCAAAAAAGGCUACCACACCGCGUGCUAUGAGUUGCUCCUCGAAGUCAAGUCGCAACUGUAUUAACGGUUUUAAGAAAAAAGAAACAAACUUGCAAGACGUUUCCGUCUUGCGAAGCAAGCCCAUAGGGAAAACCGUCUUGCGAAGCAACUCAAAAAACAAAAAACCCUUUCGUUUUGCGAGUUUUCCGUCUUGCGAGGCAUUCGUCUUGCGAGGUACCACUGUAUACUUAAUGCUUUUGUUUAUUAGAAUAGUUCUCCAGUUUUGAAGAGCUUAGCCCUUUUAGGACAUUAUUUUUAUUCUACAGAGAGUUCUAAUGGGACUGUAUUAUUUUUCUAAAUUGGUUUUUAUUUAUUUUACCCACUUUUCAGAUUAAUCUUCAAAACAACUAAAAAUAAAGGCACUACAGUCAUAUCUCGGGUUGAAGUAGCUUCGGGUUGAGCAUUUUUGGGUUGCGCUCCGCAGCUACCUGGAAGUAACGGAACGCGAUACUUCUGGGUUUCGCCACAUGCGCAGACGCUCAAAAUGACAUCAUGCGCGGAAGCGGCGAAUCGCGACCCGUGCAUGCUCAGAUGCGGGUUGUGUUCGCUUCAGGAUGCAAACGGGGCUCCGGAACGGAUCCCGUCCGCAUCCAGAGGUACCACUGUAUAAUAAUUAAAAACACAGUACAUAGUAUAAUUGGGAGUGAGUGGUGCUGUGGUCUAAACCACUGAGCCUUUUUGGCUUGCUGACCAGAAGGUCUGCAGUUCGAAUCUGUACGAUGGUGUAAGCUCCUGUUGCUCUGUCCCAGCUUCUGCCAACUUAGCAGUUUGAAAGCACACCAGUGCAAGUAGAUAAAUAGGUACCACCGUGGCAGGAAGGUAAAUGGUGUUUCCGUGUGCUCUGGCUUCCAUCGCACCAGAAGCAGUUUAUGUGAACAAAUGCCAGCUCCCUCAGCCUGAAGCGAGAUGAGCGCCGCAAUCCCAUAGUCACCUUUGACUGAAGUUAACCAUCCAGGGGUCCUUUACCUUCUACCUUUUUAUACACAGCAUAAGAAUAUUGAGGAGAGUAUUGGAAUAUCCACUGUUAUAAUCAUACUGGCUACUAUUCUAAGUGAAAUUUAAGAAAUAUAUAUUAUGUGGUCUACAAUAAAAAUAGAAGGCUCAAUUAUAAAAUGCUUUCUGGAAUUGUUUUUUUUUUUAAAGCAAUGUAGUGAUUGUAUUGGACAACCUUGGUUUGGCUGGUUCCAGGACCACGCAAAUGGCAUCAAGGGCCAAAUGCAGCCUUGGGGUUGUGUGUUGGACCCCUGUGAUUUAGACAGACUGCAGAUAAUUUGCACUAACAGUGCUAUGUGGGAAAACGGUGCACACUCUGUGAAACGAAGAUGCAAAAUGCCAGAUCUAUUUUCUACCACAAGUGAACCCUCCUCAAAUUUAUGUUUUGUUUUAGUUCAGAUGGCUUGAAUGUUCUGUCUUUGUGUGUGUCUGUUUCUUUCUUUCUGAGCAUUAAAACAACUACAACAGAAGCAAAGAAACAGCACUCAGGUUGUUCAUCCUUUCCAGGUUUCUUGUCUUUUGUGGAUAUAUGGACAGAGAUGUUUAACCUGUUGGUAGAACUGCAGCACAGUGCAUUAAAAUAAUUGCAGUUAGAUGGUGAAUGAAUUCUUUGUGAAGUGGUUUUAAAGACAGUUCACUAACGUUGAUGUCAGACUUCUGUUUUUAUUUGACACAUAUAUGCACACACAUAAAAUCCCAUGUGCAACUUAUGUUUCCCUAUUUGUGUUUCUAUUUUAAGGAACCUUGUGUUCCCCAUGCAGUGAAUUGAACCAUGACUAUUGUUUUUCUUUUCUUCUGUUUUUGGUACAAUAAGCUUUGUCAUAUGACAGUGCUUUCACUGGUUUAAUUCACCAUGCUGUGGGACUAUGCACUGUAACUCUUAAAAAAACACACGAAGCAGCAGCAGCAGCAAAUCAGGUGUUGUCGACAUGUUAAUUUCUGAGCUUCCUCUUUUCCCCUUCCUCAGUGAUAACUGCAUGGAUCGUGUGUGAACAUGAGACACUAACUGGAAGUUCAGAAGCUCAGCCACUUCACCUUACACUUUUUACUAUUUGUUUACAAUGGAGAUCAAGGAAGAGAAAAAAGAACGAAGACAAGGCUAUUUUGCCCGGUAAGCUACUUGCUGCUCUUUCCGUUGUUUCAAAAUGCAACUGUGGACUUUCCCCUCUGUCGGUUGUAACGUUUUAAUCUAGGGCAAAUACUCUGACGGCAUUUUUCUGCUUGCUAUGUGAGUUACGCUUUGCUUUCUUUUUCUUUGUUGUCUCUGAGUAUCCACACUUCUGUGACACGUACAGGUUGGAGCCCCCAGAGUGCAACUAAUUUCGAACCGCUUUGAAUCUUUUUAUUUUAUUGCUACAGUAUGUUGAACCUGGACAUUAAGGAUCUGCUUCCUGUCUAACCUGUUUAACCCUGGUGGAAUCAAGCUGCAAGUCACAAGUCUUUUCCACCAAGAAUGUAGUGCAAGGGUGGGGAAUCUGUGGCCUUCCAGAGGUUGCUAGAUUACUACUCCCAUCAUCCCUGGCUGGAGCUGAUGGGACUUGUAGUACCACAACAUCUGAAAGCCUGGAGGUCCUUAACUCCUAAUGCUGUACGGAAGGUUUUUGAGUACAGCACACGUCAGUGUUCAUAAAAGAAAGAAUAAUAACUUGAAACAGAAAUGACUAACAACUCUGGUAUUUCAUGCACCUCUGCAGACUACUAAAAUAAAAUAUCGAGGAAUUAUAAUUAGUAAUUAGACUUAGUUACCUGCAGCUUAUUGGCUACUAUCCAGUGCAUCGGUACUUGGGAAUAAGUUACAUUGCAGUCAAUGUAGUUUUCUUAGUAAAUAUGCUUAGGAUUGUGCUACACGUGUGGAAGGCAACAUUUCAUUAUUAUUAUUUUUACCAGUGUAUAUAAAAAUAAAUAUUUUUAUUAACUUUAACACAGGUUUGUUAUACUUGAGCCAUGGCUUUUGAAUUUUACUUCCCAUCAAAGCCUAAAGUCUUUUGUUAGGAAGUUGACCUUCAUUUUAAAUAAUAGGUAUAUUUAACUUGCUAUGGUCAAAUUAUACAGCUUUCUUGGUUGAAAAAUGAGAGUGGGGGGGAAUCUGUUUUUGUUCCUUUAAACAUACAGUUUUGUUUUUGUUUUAAAUCUGCUGUAGCAUCAGCAAAAAGCUGCUGUGGUGGUUCUGUGCCAUCUCUGCUCUUAUUCUGUGUUUAUUGUAGGUGAAUUAUAAACACACUCCUCGAUGUAACAAAACCAGAUCGCCACGGUGGAAUGUAAACUGUAGUUAAAGUGCAGUAGAUCUUUUAAGGAUUAUUUAACUGUGCAAACGUGCUGUUAUGACACCUUUUUGGAAGAAAAAGAAGUGCAUCUCAAGGUCACGAAAUAAUUUGUGAAUUGAAAGGCAGAAAAGCUGUUUUUCUAGGGUUGUCCCCCCCCUCCCCCAAUUUUUUUAAAAAAUACCCAUAGAUGUGAUCAAAUGCUGUGAACUGGGAAACACUCAUUCUGAAGAAACCAUAUUCCUAGAGAAAUUUUUAGCAAGCUGCCAGUGAUAGACACUCUAUAAAAGGUGAGCAAACUCAGACUUAGGGGCCCAAACACUCCUACAGGCCUCUCUGGCCAAUCCUCUCCCAGGCCAUCCCUUUCAACACCCUGCUUCAUAAUAAUACUGAUUUGUGUGGUGCAAUAAGGCAAGGCACUAGGGUGAAACUAGCGUCUCCACUCCCAUUGUUAAGUCCAGACACUGAGGUCCAUCUCUGAGGGCCUUCUGGCGGUUUCCUCACUGCAAGAAGUGAACCUACAGGGAGCCAGGCAGAGGGCCUUCUCGGUGGUGGCACCCUCCCGUCAGAUGUCAAGGAAAUAAUUUAUCUGACAUUUAGAAGACAUCUGAAGGCAGCCCUAUUUAGGGAAGUUUUUGAUGUUUGAUGUUUUAUCGCUUUUUUGUUAUUGUUAUUAGUAUUCUGUUGGGAGCCGCCCAGAAUGGCUGGGGAAACCCAGCCAGAUGGGUGGGGUAUAAAUAAAAUUUAUUUAUUUAUUUAUUUAGAAAACAGCCAGCCAGUUUUGGUGUGUUGAGUGCUUAAUAUUGCUGUGGGGCAACUCUGAGCAGGUUUGGUUAUUAUUGGCUCAGUCAGCAUGGUGAGCCUAAUCUUGUCACGAUCCUGUAAUCCUGGGAAGGCAGAACAAGUGGCGAUGCCCAGCACCGAAUGUGGCUUGCCAUGUUUUUGUUUGUUUUAUUUAAUAAAUUUACAUCCUAACCUUUCUCCCAGGGAGUCCAGGAUAGCAAACACAAUAGUGUUGAAAUAAUAUAAUUAAAGUAAAAUAAAAACAUCUAAAACUAAUCACAGCUGAUAAUUUCAAAUUCCACAAACUGGGAACUGCCACCAAAUAGACCCUUAUAGUCGAGAGUUGCUGUGCAGUACAUUUUGUGAAUAAACAAUCCCCUUGGCCAAAUCAGCAGCAAUUUCCUUUCUCUCUGUGGCUCACUGCACCCCCCCCCCCCCCGUCCUUUGUUUAGGUGAGUUGUAUUAGUUUCAGACCUCUAAGCUAGUUUCAGACUUAUUUUUAUGCCUCAAUGACAGAUUUUUUUGCUCCCUGCUCAUGGAAGCUGUUUCCUAUUUUGGAAAUCUUGAUUUCAAAACAAAUAGUUUUUUAAAAAAAAUAUGAAGUGUGCAUGGAAAGCUGCCCAAUAACACAGCACACUUCCCUACACAAAAGCACAACCAAAAUAUUUGAUUCCUACCAUUUCCUGUAACAACCUUAGGCAUGGCUCAGAAAAAGUCACCAGUCAGUACAAGCGCACCACAUAUUUUGAUGUGAAAAAUGUACCCACAGAUCUGCUCUGGGUCUAAAAUGCAUUAUUAUGUGUUUCUUGUGUUUGAGAAUAUAUCUUUUGACAUUAUAUGCACCUCAUUUUUAAUUUAAAAAUAUGGAAUCAUUUUUUGUUUAAAAACAGAGUAUCUUUUCUAGACAAACAGAACCCUUCUCUCUCUGGAAUGUUUUCAUUAUUGCCCCCGCAAGGUAUUUGUGUGCUUUAGUUUUGUUCAUAAUUGGGUGUCCUCUCCCUUUCCCCUGUUUUCUUUUUUGCCUUUGCUGUAGACUGAAAUAAUAAUUGGUUUUGUAAGCACAAUGUCUGCAUACUGUAAAUAGUUUUAUCUGCCAGACACUCUUGUUUUUCCCCUCCUGUUGAAAUUUCAGAUCACGGUUAAAACUGUGGGAUAAUUGAUCUGUUUCGAAAGAGCCUGUGGCAAGGAUUCUGAGGCUGUGGCCUAGUCUAGUGAGCAAGCAAGGACAAUGUGUAUACUCAGAACUGUUGUCAUGUGGGGUGUGUGUGUGUGUGUGUGUGUGUGUUGUAGGCCGUUAACCCAGACUCUAGCUCACUGCAGGAUAUUCAGAGAUAGAGGUCACAACCAAGAGAUAGCAGUCCAGCUUCUGCUUUAAGAUCUCCAGCAAGGGAGAGCCUCCCACCCUUACUGAAUUAUUGGUUCCAUUGUCAAGUUACUCUUAGCACCGAGAAGUUUCUUCUAAUGCUCAGUCAAAAUCUCUGCUCUUCUGUAACUUAGAUCUAGCUGUGUUCGGAGGCAGUAGAUAACAAGAAUUAUUUGCCCUCUUCUGUGUUCCUCAGGUAUUUGAAGACUGCUGUCAAGUCCCCCCUCAGUCUUCUCUUAUCCAGGCUAAGCAUGCCCAGUUCCUGCAACCUUUCCUUCUUCAUUUUCAUACCCCUGACCAUCUUAGUUGCCCUCCUUUGAACUUGUUCCAGUUUGUAUUUCCUUCUUAAAGUGUGGCAUUUAGAACUGCAAAUUGUUCUACGAAUGAAUAAAGGGAAAUAAAGGGGAACUAUUACUUCUCCUGACUUAGAAACUAUAGACUAUCCAAUGAAGUUGUCCCAUUAGUACAAGGACUUCAACUUGCGCAGAGGAACUUCUCCUCCUCAUCCCCAGCGCCUCCCUCCCCUCCACGCCAAAUCUGCUCUGAGUUUUGUAAGGAAAAGUGGGGCAGAUCCCAAAAGCUAAACCACAACAAUGAUUAUUCCAAUUGCUCCCUUUGAGUUCAGUAAACAAAUAACAGGAUAAUCUCUACUAGGUACUUGAAAUAAACAGUUUCAUAAAUGGGAGGGAAACCCUGUCUGUUUUGUCUGUGCUCUCUUUCUGUGUAGCUUUAGCCUCUGAUAGUGUUGAUUUUCUCUUGUAGGGGAAAGCCAGUUUCUUGGUAGAAAUGUUGUGUUAAAAUGAAAGGGAAAGAAAAAAAACAUUUUGAAAACAUGUUGCAUAGCAAGGAUCCACUGGCUCUGGCCUUCAAAAGCAGGAUGCUAAGCAUAUGGUUUAAAAACAUUUGUUCCUUUUGUGUGUGCAUGAAACGGGUUUGACUUACCUGUUCUCAUUCUGCAAGGUGCCCUGUUUUGGGACAAGGGAUUUCAGUGACUCGUUCACCAUGGACGAGAAUACAGCAGUUCCUCUGUCUCGCAAGACGAAAUUGGUCUGCUCCACGGCUCUGCCCACCCUUUCGUCUGGCAAGUUGACGAAACUCCAUAGAAUGCAUUGAAACCACCAAUGCUUCCAUGGUCGUGUCCAGUCAGUUAAAUAUACAACAAGAGUUUCUAUUAAGUGCUUCUGUCACACAUACCGCAAGAGUUACUCAAACUGAAGGAACACACCAAGUUUCUAAACAUUGACAGAACAUUUGCAUCAACAAAGUACAGCAACAUUUUCAGACUGGGGGACAACUUCAAGAAUGUUCCUUCCUCUGUAUCUAAGUUGUCACCUCUCACCAAAUGUCACCCACACAGUAAACCAGAAUUUUUAAAAAACAAAACAGAAAAAAACAGCUCCAGACUUGCACUCCUCAAACAGUCCUGAAAUUCCAAACACUCAACUCCAAAUCCAAACUCCUCAAAAGCUUAGUUUAACUUCACAAUGUCGUGCAAACCAGCUCUUAAACACCAGUCUCAAAACCUCAAAAAGGCACAGGCGCCGCUGCCCCAGCCGCAACGGAUUAACGGUGCCAAGAAAAGGAAACAACCUGCAAGACUGCUUUGCCUUUUCGUCCAGCGGGGCAAAGUCUCAUCAGGGAAAACCGGCCUGCGAGCUCAGCUCAAAAAAUCCAAUGGCCCAGCGAGCCUGGCGAGUGGCUCACUCGCGCGGCCCCACUGUAGCCAGCUACCAAGGUGUCCUGCCCUCCCUCUGCUACUUCCUAAUAAAUUUUAUAGAACACCUGGCAUAUUUGGAGGCUAGCUUUUGCACUUUUUGCAAAGUAAAAACCACUUUACAACGUUUUGUUGUCACCAGGUUGAAUAACCUAGGAAGGAGUUAUACCUAUUUGGAGCAUAGGAGCCUACCUUAAACUGAGUCAGACAUACAUCCGUCUAGCUCAGCAAUUACUGGCAGUGGCUCUCCAACUCUUCAGACAGGGCCUUUACCCAGCCCUAUUUGGAGAUGACAAGGAUUGAGCCUGAGACCAUCUGCAUGGAUAGCAGAUGCUGUACUGCUGAGCUGCAGUUGGAGUAGGUUGCCACGAUUCUUCAUCCUGUUAAGGAUUGCUAGCUCCUGACAGUGCCUAGUAAUGGCAGGGUUCCUGAAGGUGUGUCUGUAUUCCCAAAGUUGUACCAUAUGUUGUGUCCGGGUCUGAUGCUGGAUCCCACACAGAAAGUGGCAGGGGGAGUCUGGUCAGAAGUUGCAGGACCACGGACAGCUCUUAUUCAGUUACUCUGAGGGCCCCAACGUUUUUGCAAAGCUUUGGUGCUUCUAAAUUUGGGGUUCCACCAAGCCUACUGAAACCUCUGUCUUGUGCAUGGGUAAGGCAGCAUUCUUGGAUUGUAGAGGUCCCAGCACACCAGGCUCCUCUUGUGCUGAUAGUAGUUAGUAGUGUCAUCUGCAGCUGGCCCAGAGAACAAUUUCACUCUGCAUCCUUAGCCUCUUUCCCUGGUGAUAGGCCAUUACAGAAGCAUAUAUACCUUUGGGUCCCUUCCACCUCUACAAUUCUACGAAAGUAGAAUUAGUUGGCUCUACUCAUUGCUGGCCUGACUUGACUCUCCAAAUUUCUUCUUCCCUUCCUCUACCCAAUAUAGUUACUACACUGACCAGCAGAGUAGCUAUCCAGAAAUUCAAAACAGGACCCUUUUUCAGCUCUUUCCAGAGAUACGUGGGGUUGAACGUGGGUCCUUUGGGCAUUCAAAGCAUGUACUGUGCCAUUCCACUACACCCCUUCCAUUUCCUACUUUCUCUUUGGCUCAAGGUGACUUACCACUAUAAUCAAAAACAAUAACAUAAUUAAUGAAGAUGUAGUACAGAAAUAGGGGGAAAUAUUAAAUCUCACUUUUGAAAGAAAAGGUUAUUCUUCAUACAUCAAUGGAGUCGUUCAGAUCUCUCUUUUUUUUGUAGAUGUUUAUAAGAGCCUCGGAACAAACAUGUAUUAGAGGGCACUGAUUUAGAUAACCUUGAAUGAAUGACAUGUUUAUGUGAAAACAAAGCUAAUAAUAAAGCCUGGGCAGCUGACUGUGAAAUUAUAAGUUUAGACGAUGACAUAACGAAUAGAUGCUGGCCAAAUAUAUUAAUCAGUGUAGUAUUGUUUGAGAUGGGGAUUAACAUAGAACCUUAUUUAGGCUCAUAUGGGCUGGAGCUGGCUUUGCUUCCAUCAGAAACUGGUCCCGUGUUGCUCCAGUAACGUCAGACAUCCAAGCUCACGUGGGAGGAGUCACCUUGCCACUGCUCCUCCUAUCCCAGCAGUUUCUCAGUUUCUUGGUCAAGUGAUGUUGGCAUGGGAAGGACAUGCCAGAUCCUCACACUUGCACGCAAACUCCUGAUGUUACCCGAGCAGCAUGAUAAGAUGACAUGUUGCAGCAGCACAUAACCUGCUGAAAUGAAGACUACUUUGCCAUGUAAAGUACGUUCAAAAAACGAGAGAGAUAAAACCUCAAGUUUAGCCACAAUUGGGAUUUUAUUUGUAAAAAGAAAAAGCCCAAAGUGUUUUGGCCUGUGAUUAUUUUAGGCCUUGGUUAUUUUAGGAACAAGGCACCAUGUGCAUUUUUAACAAUUAAAAACUAGUUAAACUAUAUUUACGUUAUUUAUAUGCUAAUAUAAUGUGAAUGUAAAAUGUACAAUGUAAAAUGUAGAAGCAGUUUGCAGAAAUCUAGGUUAAUAAAGUCACACUGUCACUUUCACUGAAUAUUUAUGUGAUGUAUUAAAUCGAUCGAUUGAUCAAUCAGUCAUUCUAUUACGGUCAAAGAUCAGACAACAGAAAUUACAUUAAUAACACACACAACAACAUCGGCACCAAGGGGCAGAAGCAGUAGACAAAAUUUAAAAUGUCAUAUGUAUUGUUCCUUUUACAGCUGGUGCAGGCCUAAGAUAAUCACAGGUGAAAAUGUGUUGGCUUUUUUACAAAUAAAAUUUCUGCCAUCUUAAGAUUCUAUCUGUCUCAUUUUUUGUGUGUCAGUUUAGAUGCUUAUAGGUCUUUAAUAAAAAAAUAAGUUGUCAUGCGUGACAUCAGGUAUGGAGCAGAUGAAGGUUUCGUUUGUAUUGGCUGCACUACUGCAGCCAGUGGGACUGCUCUCAGCUCCAGUUACCUGAUAGGCCCUAAGAGGGAUCCCUUUUGAAGUAAUCACCUGACUGUUUUAUGUUUUAUUAUAUUUUUAAAUAUGUGGAAGCUGCCUAGAGUGGCUGGGGCAGCCCACUAAGAAGUGUGGGGUAUAAAUAGUAAAAUUAUCAUUAUGGAAUUUCAUCAGAGAAAUGUUGGAGGAUAUGCUAAGUUAGAUAAACAAAGAAUUGUUAUUCUGAUCAUUGCAAUUUAGCAGGAUUAAUGUACAUAAAAUUAUAAUGAUUAAUGGUUACCCAAUGAGAUUUCUGCAAAUUAGUUUAUUGUCUAUAUUGCUUUAUUGUGUUUCUUUCUUUCUAGUUUGAAGAAGAAGAGGCUAGCUAAGCAAAAUUCAGAGGCAGCCUCCUCAAAUGCUUGUGGGAUACCCGCAGGUAGAACUCAGGCUGGAAGAGAUGAUGGAAGUAAAGCUGUUCUGGUGCAGACCAAUGGCUCUCAAGAAAACGGCAAAAAGUCUGGGGAAAAGGAGGACUUGGAGAAAAAGAAGAAGAAAAGCAGUCAGCCAAAGGAUAUUAGGCGCACAGAUCUUAAGCGAUACUAUAGUAUUGGUGAGUUUAAGGCAAAUACUGUAUUACCUCUUUGAAAUCUUUUAAGUGUUUUUAAAGUGUAACAGUCUGUAGCGUUGUGUUUUUUCUUCUAAUUAUAUUGAUGCUAUACUUUCAGUAACCUUCUGUAAGUCAAUAUGGAAUAUAUAAACACAUUUUAGUUUUAUAAGCUCCCAUUUGGAUUCUGUAACAUUGCUGACUCUUGGCAGGACUGGUUAAGUGUGCGAAGUCCAUCUGCAAGCACAGAUUCUAUGUAUUAGAAAUGACAGAAGUUUCGUAGCAUCAAAAUAAAAUAUCUUUUUACGUAUUUAAAUGUAGUGGAUGAAUGGAUUGGCUUUUACCUUCAGAAUGGGCACCUGUCUCCAAACUGGCACCUUGUAAAUGGAGGUUGGAUCCAGCUAGAAGGUAAAGCGUAGUGGAAUGAGUGUAACUGUUUGAAAGGAUUCCUAGCCACAAGGAAUUCACCUAAUCUCUCUGCUUCUUAGCAACUUUUCAUUUUGUUGAAAACAUUCUAUUUUUAGUAUAAAAUAUCUUUUAACCAAGUGAAAUAUAACACUAUUGAAAGAGUUAGUUAGCAGUGUGGAGAUUUUUGAAUGUGCACACACACACACUUCUUUUAAGACUUAAGAACAUAAUAAUAAUCCCACUAAGAUCAUAUUUUAUCCUUCUUCCUACAAUGGUCAACCAGAUACCCUGGGAAGAUCACUAAGUAAGCAGGUCAUGGAGAAAUGUCUUUCUUCUGCUGUUGCCUCUUUAACAGUUGUAUUCAGUUCUAUAUUGUCUCUGAUCACGUAAGAUCCUAUAGCCACCAUGACUAAUUAACCAUUGGCGGACCAUAAUCUUGUCUAAUUCCUCUCUGAAGCAUUUAAAGUUGAUAGCAAUCGCCAAAUCCCGCAGCUGUGAAUUCCAUGAUUUAACUGUGCAUUCUGUGAAAAAGCACUUACUUUUGUCUACUGCCCAAUCUACUGCUAAUCAGUUUUAGUGAAAGACUCUUGAGUAGCAAGUAUCUGUCUCAAUCUUCAUUAUACAGUUUAUUAUUCCUCCCCCCCCCCCAGGUAAAAAUGCCCCACUGCUCUAGCUUUUCCUUGUGGGGAAGAAUAUGAAGAACGGCAUGUGUUGCCCAGCCCAAGUAACUUUUAUGAUGGCCCAUUAACCGUCUAAAGAGUAAACAGAAUCUGCAAAAAUGACUCCAUCAUUUGGCAGGACACUACAAGGAUAAUGUCUGCCUGUGAAGUUGGGAAAGAUUCCAAAUAACUAGAGUGGAGCUUGUAAGACAGCUAUCCAGGAGAGCCAUAAAACAUUUUGCUAGCAUAAUGAAUCUGUUUAGCAUUUACAUGGCAACAGUGCAAUUUCAGCCUUCUUAGCAACCUUGAAAAGGGACCAUUAGCUUCUUCCAUUGCUAGAGAUCCCAUGGUUGUGCCUUUCUCCAGCAGCCUGAUAAUGAAGGUUCUGAUGCCACUUUAAAUUUGAAUUGGAGCAUCAGAGAAAUAAUAGAUCUCUGUGUGUGCAUUUUUACAAAAUCACCUGUUUUGUUUUUGCAACUAAAGCAACACAAAAUACCUGCUGAAAUAGGAAAAAACCCAAAUAUUGUUUGAUGGUGUACCCCAGAGCAGGGGUAGCUAAUGUGGUGCCCUCCAGAAAUUUUGAAUUGCAACUCCAUAACAUUUAUGGACUAUGGUCGCAAUGUUGUUUGUCCCUGCUCCAGAUUUGGUGCUGGUUGAUACGGGUUUUAACCAGUCUCUGAGUUGCAUCCUGUAGUGGCUUUAUACAAGCAGAAAGUGUUUCUGUUUUCACAAGGUGGUGCCAACACCACAUUUUUCUCAAUUCUCCAUUAUGCACUGCGGCACUCCGUGGUUGCCCCAAAUAUGCUUCUCAGAGUUGGGGAGCCCUCUGGGGCAAUAGGUAAUACAGGACUGAAGGCUGUAUUGGGGAUGGGGGAAGGUAUGUGAAAAACUGUGUUUACACAUCUAUGUAGAGUUACAGACAUACCUGGUAAGAGUUAAGGCUUCCAUCAAAUGGUAGUAUGAUGCCAGGUUUUAAAACGUAAUAUUCCUAUUGUGCCCUGCAACCUGAAAUUUGCUCCCUGAAGCAGAUUUGGGCCAUGUGCAGAGGGAGAAGACAAAGGGGCAGUUCUGUUGUGUUUACAGAAGUUGUUCCAAUUGCCAGUGACGCAGCUGGAUACAGAAGGUCUGGUUAUAUUGUUUCUCAUUAGGAACCAAUAGCUUCAAACACUGGGUACAGAACAAGUGCACCAUGAUUUGAACUUGGCUGAUAUGUCUGAUUUGUGGCCAUCUUCUGAGGGCACACUGGUGGGUUUAUUCCUUUGCUAUUAUUUUUUAUGAUGGUCCAUUUUAGAACCUCAAAUGGCUGGGCUGGCAAACCAAAAACCUAAGUUGGAUUCAGCUUUUCUAGUUAACAGUUAUGUUGUAGCUUCCUUCAAUGUCAUCUUUACAAGCUAUUGCCUUGUUUCCUCACACUGUUCUUUCCACCAAAGGGACAAAGUUUAAAGGCGUAACAUUGUAAAUCAGUAACCACAAACCUUCUGCUCUAACAAGUAAAAACAAAUAGAUUCAAAGCUAGCAUUGUAGUGGCAUUCAAAUCUUUCCCCCUCUAGUCAUCCCUGUGGUGAUUGGGGCUGCGUUGUUUUUUGGCAUGAGAUCAAAAUUUUCAACCUAUUUCCAAGUUGUAAAUACACUUCCUGACUAUCAGAAUAAAUAACACUUGUCUAUUCGAUAUUUGUUAACAAAUAUGUUAGAUUGUAUGUAAGAGUCAGAAAGCUGGUAACUGAUGCUUAGGAGGAGCUGUAGCUCUGUGGUGGAGCCCAAAGUUUUGAUGGUAUGAGGUCAUGAUUUGGUCCCAAAACAUCUCAAUUAAUAGAUCUUGUGACGAUUUUUGCCUGAGAAUCCUGAAGAGCUAGUGCUAACCAGGGCAAUGAGGAGAGUUCUGGAUUUGAUGGACUAUUGGUCUACCUUGUUAUAUAUUGUGUGUGAACAUAAAGAUACAGUCAUACCUCAGGUUGAAUGUGCUUCAGGUUGAGCGCUUUUGGGUUGUGCUCCAUGGCAACCUGGAAGUAAUGGAGCGCGUUACUUCCGGGUUUCGCCGCUCGCACAUGCACAGACACUCAAAAUGACAUCAUGCGCAUGCGUGGAAGCAUCAAAACAUGGCACGCGCAGAUGCGCCGUCGCGUCUUACGUUCCAUUCAGGAUGCGAACAGGGCUCCGGAACGGAUCCUGUUCGCAUCCUGAGGUACCGUUGUAAUCUCAUGACCAUCCUGGAGGAGGAGAAAGGAAAAGUGUGUGAGUCUGAGACUCACUGUGGCUUAUCUUCAUAACACUAAACCGGGGUGGGGCUAGACAUUUUUGGCCAAAGAGACAGUGGUGGAUGUGACCCCACACAUAUACCUUACUCAGCUGAUCCUUGUAGAUCAUGUUAGAGAGGAUAUUUCUACCUCUACACUCAUCAGAUGAUUGUUAAGAUUUCUGGGGAGGGGGUGAUUUGCAUCCUCAACAGAGCAUUCAACACUACCCAGCAACAACCAGUGCUGUGCCUGCUUCACUUCACUUCAUUUCAUCUUCACCACCACUGUUAAAAUUGAUGGGAUCUUAUCGAGAGGCCAGGAAAAUUUGCUGGGUGGGGGAGGGCACUGGAUCAGGCAGAUUUGCCACCCCUGUGUUAAACAACCCCCCAACAUUCCAUGCCCAUCUUCCCAAUGUGUUAGCUAGUCCUCUGUACAUGUUUUACAUUUGCAUUACAUACGGUGGGAAUGCAAAAGUGCUUGUAAAGUUAGCAGCUGUGGAAAUUUCUAUAUAAAUCCAAUUACGAUCGAGUUGUGAGAGAUACAAAAUUAGCGUAAGCCCUGCUUGUGAAAAUUCAGCACACUACGUGCCCUCUCUGUGCCUUGGGAUCCUCCUGUUCCCUUUGCUACAAGGGGACUGUGCUCAUAUUUCAGCUGAGGGGUGGAGUAUGCAGAAUUGCACUAAUCUGCUUCACUUUCCUCAGAGCUGGAUUCCACAGACUUGGACAAGCCCCUUCCUCAGCCACUUCCUUUGCAGAGAAAAAGAUGGGGAUUUUGUGUGUGUGAGUGUGUGUGUGUGUGCACACGCACAAACACACACAAGUAAUGGCACUAUUUGAUUCUAAUUUUCUCUGAGUGGGGGGAAAUUGGCCAAUUUGUAUUCUGAGUGAUUUUGCUGUGGCUUAUUUUCCGUUCUCUGUCAGCCUUGCUUGCUUUCAAGUCCAGCGAGGCUGAUUUAGCAGAGGCGUGGCAAAGAACCUUUCCCUUGCUUUUUUUAAAAAAGAAAGUUGUAAAAGGGGAAACUCAGGACUUUUGGACACAUGAUUUAGGUUGCUUGUUGGCAUUCCUGCGCUUGAAGAUGUUUGCGGUCGAGUGCUGCUGUGCCCACCAUCCAGGAGGAUUCUGCAAGAGCUGUUUGCCGGAAGUGCCCGGGAAGGCCUGCCAAGCUUCUACUGUCGCUGCCGCCUGUAAACUCCCAGGGAGAAUAAUCAACGUGGAAUGGGAGGAGGGCUUGCCGUCUUCAGGCUACAGUUCUGCAACCGGGGACAGCUGUGAGUCUCUGCCAGAAGCUGUGGCCGUUGAUCACAGUGAGAUGGCAAAGAAGAAAUUCCUAAAGGUUAUGCACAGCUUUUCAGCCCCAAAGCAUUUUUCCUGGUGUGUGGAUUACAGGCAGCCUUACCUGUUGUUAGGUAUGCAAACCGCUGAUUCCUGUCUGCUGAUGGUUAUCACACAUGGAGGAGGAGUGGGGCUCAGGGAGAAUAGAUCUUGGGAAACUAGACAAGGUGAAUGGGCUUUCUGAGGAUACCUAACCAUAUUUUUCAUUACAGCUUUUUACGUCUACAGCUCUCCCACUGAAAACAUGACAUAUCCGCUACUGUGUGUUCACAUGUGAUAAUGACAAUCACCUAGAAAUGUACAUUUAAUGUUUUUGUUUUUUUUAAAGUGUUUCAAGACAUUAAGCAGCCAUCAUUGGGCAGCUAGCUUGAGUCUCAACUCCCAUAGUAAAUAUAAUGCUGAAGCAAAUCUUAUUGAAGAAAAUGGGACCUCAAUGCUUAAAAAUUCAUAUAGUAAUUCUGAUGGAUUGCACAUUAAACACAGGCACAUGUAUCUUCUCUCUGAUGUUUUCUUUAUAAAAAAAAUAUAUGAAAAAAUUGACUCUGAAGUUGAUUUUAGUUGGAGGUGUGUGUCCGUGGAGAAAGAAAGAUAAAUUGGCCUCAUACCUUUCCCUUCUAGCAGGUUUUUCACUUCUAAUCUCCCAUCUCAUGCUGGUUUGUUUGCUUGUUUGUUUGUUUCCACCAAGGAAGAAAAUAUACAGCCCUGUAUUUCCCCUCUACAAAGUAAAAAGCAAGUAGGGCAGGAAGAAUCUGAGCUUCAAAAUGGUUGGAAGAGAAAGAGUUAAACAGCUGCUUUCUUCCUGCCUGGCCCCCUUUAUCUGCUCCUUUUCAACUGAAAUUUCUAACCUCAGAGGCUGGUGUUGGUUAAAAAGAAAGAAAGAAACUUCAAAGAAAUGCUUGCUUCUUUGCUUAAGACAUUUAUAUACUACCCUUCAUAACGUUUAUCCCGGGAUAGACGUUUUUAAAAAUAAUUUGUUUGGCCCUUAGGUAGGUUCUCGUAGCAGAUAUACCAGAUCCUGUGUGGGAUAUUCAAAGUGGGAGAAGCAGCCAUAGUUUUGUGUGUUCAAUCCUUGGCAUCUCCAGAGAUGCUGGAUGAGGCCCAAGAAGACCCUCAAAAGCUGCUGCCAUUCAGAGGAGAUGUAGGCUAGAUGGACCCAUCAUUCCCCAUUUUGUUUUCCUGACACCCUCAAUAUUUUCUUUUUGCCUCCCAUCUAAAGAUGCACUGGUUCAGUCAUUUAGCAUUUGGAAGAAGCAGAGAUAACAAGGGUCUAUCUGACACUUAGAACUUUGGAGGUGAUAUUAAUAUAUUUUAUGAUGUUUCAAGGAUGCAUUUGGUUUCAUUUGUGUUUCUUUUAGUGGAAGAUUUUAUGUAUUGCCGUGCUGCCCCGCAAUCAUCAGCUGAAGGGUGGUUCUAGAAAUAAAAAUAAGAAUAAGAAUAAGGCUAUUCUGAUGUACAACUUUGUUUAAUGCGGGCAAUGUUAGAAUGUUUUAGUUCUGUAAGCAGCAGAGGUACCUUUAUUGCUUAUGUGUGAAUAUGGCCUGACAGUUUCAAGCUUCAGUAUCGUACAAUUAACCGCUUACGUGUGUCUUCAACAAAAGCAUCUAGCAGAACACAAAGGAUAUCCUUUCGAAAUAAGUUUUGUUUUCUGAUCUUGCAAAAGACUAAUGCCCAUACAAGGUCUUUUGCGGAGUCCUGCUGAACCCAGGAGCCCCAACCAAGACCAUAAAAAUCUUGGAUGACUGGAAAGAGCGCACAUAGGCAGUUGUGACAUCAGCAGAACGCACAAUUCUUGUUGAUACUGCAAAUGCCUGAGUGAUUUGUCCUGUCAUGAUCUCAGCUUUGUCCAGGCCCUUAGGCAUGUUGUGUACACCUCAGGUAGAUAGUGGCGGGGUUUUUUGCCGUUAACAUUUGUCACAGUGUAUUUCAACUUUUCCUGGCGUAACACCCACAUUUAGCCUCAUCUUGCAACCGUUGACCCACUUUUAAUUCUUUACCAUAUACAGCAUGCCUGUUUUUCUUCCUCUUUCUCCUUGCUAAAAACACAAACAGAUAAGAAAAUGUUGGUGACCCACCUUAGCUUAGGGCAUAACUCACUUGUGGCUACCAGCCUACCAAUAAAAGAUCAAUGAUCCUUCCCUUACUUAAUGCAACACUCAAGCAUUACUGUUAAAAAUAUUGUCAAUAAUAGCUUUUCUGUGACAGGCAGCCCUGUAUCGAAAUGUUUUUAAUAUUUGAGGUUUUAUAAUGUUUUCAUAUAUGUUGUAAGCCAUCCAGAUGGGUGUGGUAUAAAUAAUAAAAUUAUUAUUUAUGAUUCGUUAAUCACCAGUUUUCAUGUUUGGCCAAGACAAACCUGGUUUAAUAUUAUUUUGCUUAUAUUUACCAAUUAGUGAUUUGAAAGUUGUUCACAUUUUAGGUAAUCGGUCUCGGGGUUUCUCUUUCAGAGGACAAUCAAACCAAAACCAAUGAGAAGAAAGAAAAGAAAAUGGUCUCUCAGAAGCCACAUGGUACAAUAGAAUACACGGUAAGAGUAGCUGCUCAGAAUCUAUUGCAUGAAUAUUUUUGGAAGUGAUAUGCCCAUUCUAUUUCCCCAUGCUAUUCCUCUACAUCCUAAUUUGUUGUUUUUAUCCUAUUCACAAGAGGAAGUGAUCCUUUUCCCGAGUAUAACCGGGCAGGAGCCACCUGUGUCUCCACUAGUACCACCAAUGGUAUCUAUCCACUAAAGGUCUCACUAAAUAUCCACAAUAUACAAGAGGUUGUUUCCUCUUCCUGCCUGGUUCCUGCAUGCACUAGCUCAGUCUUACCUAUACUGAGUACCCCCUCUUAAACAUAACCACAUUUCAAAUAACUGUUCUCAAGAACAAAAUGUGAGAGGAGUGCCUCUCAAAUCAAGCAAUAGGGCAGGGGAUGGAUCCAGGCCCAGCAGCAGGGGUUAGAAUCACUGGGCAUCUUCCAAGGCCCAUGCCCAAGUAGGGGGCCCAGUCCCAGUGCCAAUCCCUGAAGCCACCUGCCCAACACAGGGUUGUCCUCGCUGCUGCAGCUACCCACCUCACUGAGCAUGCAAGCAAUGGCAGGCACUAUUUCAUUUCAAAGUGAUAUCCAAUAGUAGUUUUGCAAUAAUAAGAGCAAAGCUGGGGCACCCCAUGCACAUUCUCAGAAUUCCCGGUGUGCUCACUGGUCCAGAAAGUUGGGUGACCCCUGAAAUAGAGGACUGUGUCAGUUAUAACAUGGCAUAUGUCUUUUCCUAGAUGUGAACCAGAAACCCAAUUUUCAUAAAGUUGCUUGUUCUGCUCCAACGUUCCUGAUUGGCUCAUGGAAAUCUCACUAAAUCUGUACAAUAUAAAUACAGGUAUAUAAAUACAGGGAAAUAAGUUUCAUAAAUAUCCUUAAAGCAGAAUCUGUAGCCUAGCGUCAGUUUCCCCACUCAUAAUAAUGCAGUUGCCCUACAUACUUUGAAGGCUGCUGUUGUGUGCUGCAUCUUAGACUGAAGUUAUUUCUCUUCUUCGGGAGAAGGGGAAAAUUAUAGUAGGGUUGCCAUAUUUCAAACAGUGAAAAUCCGGGCAGAAAAGUUGUUGAGCUUUUUUUGGCAGAGUUUGGGCAUUUUACUGAUUUUCGCCCAGACACUGCUGCACAGAUGCUGCACAGUAUAAAUAACUUUUAAUAUAUCCUGUAUCUGAUUCACAUACAUAGUAAAUAAUAAAAAUAGUAGUAGUAGUAAUAAUGCGUAUCUUGAACUCAGCAGCCUCCCCUCCCUUCUCUGGUAAUUGGUAUGCUAUUUCUGAAUCCUGGAGGUUCCUUUUAGCUAUCAUGAACCAUAGCUAUCAACAAAUCGUACGACAGCAGAUCCACAGUGCAAUACAGUGUGUGUCUCCUCAGAAGCAAGCUGCAUUAAAUACAAUAUGGGUUACUCCCAGAUAAUUGUGUCUGGGAUUGCAGCCUUAAUAACUUAAUUAUGCAGGAGUAUUUUUUUCCUGCCUUGAAUUUAUUGCCAGUCAGUUAAACUGUGUGACCCCCCGCCCCAAUGGCAUUGCAAAAAGUUAUUAGCCUGCAAACAUUUUUUUCUACCCUGCUUCAAGUAGUUUCCAUGUUGCCUGUGGAAGAGGGGGAAGUCCCUUAUCUGUGCCCAGUAUGGAAUCCUUUCCCUUUGCAGUCCAGUAGAAAGAAAAGAAAGGGGGGCGGGGAUUCCUUCUACCAAGUGGACUAGCAGAGGAGAAAGCGGCCUGGUUUGUGCAUCAUGCUAAACUAGUUCCAUGUGCUUCAUUUUAGUUUUGAUAUUUUUCGGUUGCCAUUUUCCAUGCUUGCCUUUUCUUUUCCUUUUCAUUUUUAAGCUGUGAUGGCCAGAAGUGAACGCAGUAAUUCAAAUAUGACUUCCAUAUACAUUUGUUAGGAUCCUGGUUGGUUUUAUUUUCAGUCUCUUUCCUAAUGAUAGAAGAGUUCUGACAGUCCUCACCCCAAACAUGUUAAAGGAAGCUGUGAAGGUGUUGUGGAACUAUUCAGGCUAAUCAACAUCCUGUGUGCUUGAUGGUCGCACUCCCAUCUGCCUGCACAUUCAUCACAUGCUCAAAGCGGUUCUGUGUGUGUACUGUUCUUCUGCAUGAGUACUUGGCCUUUGAGAAUCUCCCUUCAUGUCAAGGAUUUCUACACAUAUAAUCUUGGCUACAGACUCACGGAGUGUAGGGAAGGUGGGAAUUGUGCCUACUGGCCUCCUUGUUGGGUAGGUCUAGCCUUGACUGUAUGAGUAGGUGGUGGCUGUCGGAGCCUUUCUGAUCUCUAGCAAUCAGAUUUGUCUUUUUAUAAAAAAUCACCACUGCACCUAGAAUCGAUGUUUUCAUUGUCCACAAAGCUCCAGGGUCUGUUCUAAAGAAGCUUCUAAAUUAAUAGAUUAGCAAGAAGAAGGAAUGGGGUGAAAAGUACAAGACGUUGUUACAUGCUCAAGCUCUAGUACACAUGCUGUGGUUCAGUGGAUUAUGUACAAUGGUUAGAAAACAAGUUUGCUCUGGAUACAACUUCCUCUUAUCUUGUAAAGCCAAUAAAGGAUUGACUUAACUAGCUAUAAACAGAGACCCAAGUGGGCCAAUCCGAUUGAUCUGUUGUAUAUGAGUGUUUGUUUUCACUUAGGUUCCUUCAAUUAAAUUCUCCCUCCAGUCCUGAUUCAAAAGAUGGGAGUAUUUUCCACAAGCCUCACGUGUAUUGCAAAGAUAAGAUACUUUUAUGUGUUGGCAGGCUUGAUUGAUCUUGGCUGCUCCCAGAGGUCAAAUGCAAGCACCAGAGAAUGCAUACAAGAAAAGUUAGGGCUCUGGGUUUGAAUGGGAGUUAGAUUAACAACAACUUUGAAUCUACUUUAAGCCAUGAGCAUUCUCAUGUAAGAGAGACUGGGUAAUUUGUAGCUAAUAAAUCCACUUUAUUCUGUAGUGUUGCACACAUUCUGCCAAAAUACAUUUCCAGAGGCAUUGCCAUGUUAAUCAGUUGCAGCAAAAAAUAACUGUAUUUUUUUAACUAAUAUUUUUUAUUGAUUUUCCAUUUUUAAUAUUGAUAUAACAUCUUAUUUACUUUUGCAAAUUUUAAGCUCCAGUGAGCUAAUCGACUUCCCUCCAUCUCGUCAUCUGGUUUUUUAUAUAACUACCUCAUAUUUCCACACAUUUAUAUCAUCACAAUUCUACAUUUUUCUUAAUAUUAUAUUAGUUUUUAAGCAUAUUUGUAGAAAAGUUCCUCUUAAUAAACAUUGCAAGAUUUAAUGCAGCCCGGCUAGUGUCUUUAUGUGUUUACAAUGAUUGUCUAUAUAUUGAAUAAAUUUACUACACUCUCUCUGGAACGCUUGUUCACUCUGCUUUUGGAUUUUCCCCAUCAGCUUUGCUAAUUCUGCAUAGUCCAUCAUCUUUGUCUGCCAUUCCUCUACCGUCAGUAAUUCUUGCAGCAAAAAAUAAGUGCACGUCCCAUUGCAUUUUAAAGACUAAUAAUUUAUUACAGCAGAAGCUUUUGUGCACCAGAAUCUACUUUGUUUUGUGACUAGAGCCUACUUAGAAAUGUGUGGUGGUUUUUGAAGUGCUACAUACUUUGGUUAUUCCCCCCUGCAUCGAGGAAAUGGUCUUCUUAAAUUUAGGUUUUAUAUUUGUUGUUUUUAAACAGGCAUGAUCGAGGACAGUGCAAUAACACUUUAAUCUUUCUAUCUUCCCUCCCUCAGGCUGGAAGCCAAGAUACUCUGAACAGCAUAGCUCUGAAGUUUAACAUCACUCCAAAUAAACUUGUGGAACUCAACAGGCUCUUCACACACACAAUUGUUCCGGGCCAGGUAACCGGGUUGUGAUUAAAUCCAAUUUUCUAAAAGAUGUGAUCUGCACUAGUUAAAGAAGGCUCUUCUAGUAUCAUUUUGAAAUAACUAGAACAAUGGAGAUGACACCAUGCCCUCGUAAGUGAUCGUAGGCAUGCAGUGGCUUCAGAGCCACAUGCACCGGGCACAGUGGUGGAUAGCAUGGUGGAGCUGUGCUGCUGCUGCAUAAAGUGACGCAGCAAUAAAGGAAGGGGUGAUGCAGCAAUAAAGUUGACACAGUGCAGACACGCUGGUGGAGCCAAUCUGUUGCACCUGCUGGCGAAUUUGCACCACACCAACUUUGCUGCAGCCUCCUGGUAUGCAGCCGUUAUGCAGCCGGUGAGAAGUCAGGUGAGUGGCACAGCCCCUCCCUGCUGUCUGCAUGCAAAAUAACACUGAUUUUAUAAGAACAUGACUUUAUAUGCUCAGAUCAUAUGUCCAACUAGCAGAGCAUUUCCUAUACUGCUUGGAAGCAGCUGUCUGUGGUUUCAGGUAAGAGUGUUUCCCAGACACAUCUGGGGAUGCCAGGAACUGAACCUUGGGACCCUUUGCAUGUAUCGGUGUAGGCAGACUUGUGAAAACUUCUGCACUGGGCUGAAAUCCUGUACCAGUUAUAUGUGCUUAAGGCUGCAAUCCUAUACCCCUUCAAUUGGGGGUAAACUGCAUUGAAUUAACAGUGUUUACUUCUGGGUACAUAUAGGAUUGCACUGUAAAUAUUGUUAUAUAUAUAUAUAUAUAUAUAUAUAUAUAUAUAUAUAUAUAAAAUGAAGGUCAUUUUAAACACAUUUAUAAGUGCAUAAUCACUUCACUAGUUGGUUGUGUUAAGUCAGGAAUGAAAGUCAGGAUUGUCACUAUCCUGCAAUGAGAGAGGGACAAAAUUCAAGAAGCUAAUAGGUGUGUGUGUGUGUGUGUGUGUGUGUGUGUGUGUAUGUAUGUAUGUAUAUAUAUAAUCUUGGUGGUUUAAAAUAAUGCUCUGUAAAUCGGUUGUCUUCACAGUGUAUGUUGUAAUAAUCUUGUUUCUUUUGUGGGGGGUUGGCCUAGGUUCUGUAUGUGCCAGAUAGUGAGCCUCUUUCUGCUGCUGCGAAACUAGCUUCUUCAAGCCCUGGCGCUACUGUUUCACCUUCCUCAUCAGAUGCAGAGUAUGAUAAACUUCCGGUAAGACUUUCAUGUUAGAGUCAGUUUUAGCCAAGAAGCAUCUUAAUACUUUUUUUCUGGCAUAGCCUUUCAGGGAGUGGGCUCUGGUCCACAAAAACUCAUGCCACAAUAAAUUAGUUAGAGUUUAAGGUUGCACAAGAUUUUUUGUGUUACUUUUCCAGUAAGACGUUAUAAAGAUGUUUAGAAAGCACCGUCUAGUCAGUUAAGCGUAUAAACUAUCUUUUGAUAUUACGGCUCUUGAUUUCCUUGAAAAGUGUAAAAUUGCUUAUCACCUUUGCAAUAGACAUGGGAACACUUUGCCUGUCAUAAGGGUCACUUGAUAGUAGUUCCAUGGCUAUUUGCCACAUAUUCCAUUGUUUGCUUGCCGUGGCUCUCUGUUUGAAUGGCUGAUUUUCUUCAUGCCGCUAGAAACAAGCAAACAAUGGGAAAUCUGUGGUGGCCUCGCCCACCCGCGCAAGGAACUGUGGCACACAAAUGUCUGCUGGUUUUUUAUUUUUUAAAAAACCUUUAUCAUUCAAGGAUGCUGACUUAGCAAGAAGGGUUUGCAGACCAAUCCAAAGAGUCCUGUCUUCCACCUCAGAGGAAGAUGAGCCAGUUGUUGUCAAGUUUUUGAAAAUGAACUGUCGAUACUUCACAGAUGGCAAGGUAGAAGGCUUUGGUGAUUUAUUUUGCAACAUGGGUGUGUGUGUUUGUGUGUGUGUGUGUGAUAGGCAAAUAACAAUUAGAGUAUCAUAAGGUGUGCAGAUGUUGGAACUGUUAAUCUUUAUUGUCUACAAAUCUAUUUGCAUUUGAAAAUUAGCUUUACUAAGUAGGCUGACCACAGUCUAAAAUGGGCUGUUUUGUAGAUGGUUCCGGUGUGUGCGCUUGGGGUUCUGGGCACAUAAUAUUCAAUAGCAAACUACACAUUAUGCACAUAGAAACAUAACUAGGGUCUAGCAGCAGCUUUUACUAGUUGACAGCAGCUGCAAGAGGAGGUAAUUUGGAACAGAGAAGCCUCAUAGGAAGGGAAGGAGUACUACACUAUCUUUCUACCAAUUGUGUGCCUGCUGCAAAUUCACCCCUUCCUCCUUCAGUGUUCCAAAUCUUUUAUUCCAUGACUAUGCAUAUUACAUGUACCUAAGCUCUAAGGCAGAGCCAUUUGCCAUUUUGCCUUCAGUGUGCUAUAGCCAUCCAAGUCUCCUGUUGGGAAUUAUCAGCAUAAGAAAUGAAGUCAUGCUAACAUGAGAAAGGAGGCUUGCUAGCUUUGAUAGGUUCAUGGAAGCAGCCAAGAUCAGAGAAGAAUGGUUUUUGCUUGACUUGUGAAUUCUAAUAUUUUGACUCUAGUUAAUUAACAAGCUGUCGCUCCCAUUUCAUUGCAGCUAAGGAUAAAAUUUAAAUACCUUGAUCCCCUUUUAUAACCCUGGCCUUGUCUGCUGAAGAUAGAUGUGUUUUGAGCGCUUGGAAUCCUUAUCACUGCUUGGUAUCAGUAGGGUAUUGACCUGUUGUCUGUUCAGAGUGAGCACUUUGGUAGAAAACAUGAUUGCAAGGGCGGGGUGGGGGAACGACAAUGAGGGGUGUAUAAGGAAUUUGGGAGAGGGAACAUAAGGGACAACAUGUCUUGAAAAUAUGAUGUGCUAAUUCAUUUAUUUUUAUUUUAAGGGUGUGGUAGGAGGGGUCAUGAUAGUCACUCCCAACACCAUCAUGUUUGAUCCUCACAAAUCAGACCCUCUGGUAAUUGAGAAUGGCUGUGAAGAGUACGGGCUCAUUUGCCCCAUGGAUGAGGUUGUUUCAAUUGCACUCUACAACGAUAUCUCUCACAUGAAGAUUAAAGAUGCCCUGCCAUCGUAAGAAGUAUUCUUUGUUGACCAUGUUUGAAUGUAACCAGUGGGAUGUGGAGGACAACCAGUGGGAAGUGAAAGGAGAACUUUGAAGAAAUUGAGGAGCAAAACAGCUAAUGAGGGUGGGAGGGAAGGGAGAUGCAGAAUAGUUCUGCAUUCAUUAGGAAUGGUGAUAUAGACUAGGCCCAGGUCACACAUUUUUUCAAGUGGUGAGGCUGUAUACAGUGACCCUCUUUGUGGAGGGAGGAAAGCCCUCCACAGCUUGUUUAUACAUUGCUGCCCAGAAAAUACCACAUGCAAGCAAGCAUGUAGUGUGUAUGGAGGUCCUGGGCUGUCCAGAUGACAGGACCUCCUUCUUGUUCUUGACAUGUAAACUGGCCUUAAAUCUUAAUUUUUGAAUUAAGAAGCACAGAUUCAGUGAAAAGGGGGGUGGGGAAAGGAACUGGGAAAUGAAAUUAAGUGUCAAGGAUCUAGUAAGGCUAGUUUCUUUAUUUGAAUGGGUUUUUCAGCAGAAUGUCCCACAACAUUAAUUAAAGGAUAAUGCUUAGAUAUUUCACUGCUGUGAGCUCCAAAUUAUUGGCAUAUUAAAUGAUGUAGACUGAUCUGUAUAGGAGUAGAUAUAUGUAGGAUCUUCCUCUGAAGACAGACUGUUAAUACUAAUGUCCUUGAAUCUCUUCUUAUGAUUGUAUUAAUGGUAAUAAUGCUAUACAGCUACUUUACAGGUACAGCUGCAAUUGCAUAAUUCAUAUCAUCACAUAUAAUGACCACAUAGGUAAUGAGAGGGAUCUUCAUGUCUUAACUGAACAUUUACUCCAGUAGUGAGAAGCGCUGGAGUUGUGAAAUCACUUUGCAAAUACAGGGAUUCUUCCAGUGGCUUGAAGUUAUUCGUUAUUAAUCUCUGUAUACUGGAUGAGAAAAUGAGAGCUUAUACGUAUGCACAGGCUUUAGUUUAUUUAUUUGAAGCAAGGUUGGGCAGUUUGCUGAACUGUUUAAAAAUUUCUCUUUAAAAAAAUGUAUUUGUGAUUGCUGAGAAAAGCUUGAGAGCAUGAAUCUUGGCUCAUUCAAAGGCUGUCAGCUGAGAGAAGGAAAAUUUCAAGACGCUUGAAAAUAAUAGAAUUGUAGAUCUUAUGAUUUCUGAGGCCUUCUCAUGUUUUUGAGCUUGGAUUUCUUAAGUCUGCUUCUAGUCUUUUGUAUCAGUCUCAGCUGAUGAGAUGGGAUUUGUUUGCUAUCAGUGGCCUGAAAACCGUCACAGAAAAGAAAUUAUACAGUUUAUAGUCAUUCUGUUGCUCCUUUUGUAGUAACUUGAAGACUCAGGCUGGGUCUUGUCUUUUGUCCCCUCAGCCUUAAAAAUACCUGCAGAGUACCUAAUGAUACAUCCAUCUCUCCACUUUCACAACAUGAACUUCAAAAUACAAAUAUUUUGUUAUACCAAUUCUUUCAACUCCAUAAUUACUUAUUUCAGUUGGCUUGCAUUUUAUUUUGCGAGAAGCAAAAUUGGUUUGUUUCAAAUUAUUUCAAUGUUGCUUUGGUGUAUUUUAGUUGAAAGCUCCUUUUUGCCAUUUGUUUUGUUUAUUUAUUUUAGUAUUUAUUGAGUUUUCAUUUUGUUACCAUUUUGUUCUCCAUUUUAACAUUCCAUAUGCAUCCAUCAUCUUUCCUGACAGCGACAUUCCAAAGGAUCUUUGUCCUUUGUACAGGCCUGGUGAGUGGGAAGACCUUGCUUCUGAGAAAGAUAUCAACCCUUUCAGCAAAUUUAAAUCCAUAAACAAGGAGAAGAAGAAGCCCAAAGCGGACAACUUUGUCACCCUGAAUUCCACACCAAUAAAGCCCACGGAGAAGGAGAAGUCUACAGAUCUUGAACUUAAACCUCCUGAAAGUUCUUCCUUGGUGACCUCCAAGUCGGAGGAAACACAAAGGGACUCCAACACUCCCGAGCCUUCAAAAAGGGUGGCUUUGGAAUGUACCACGGAACAUUCGGUAGAGAGUGUUAGUCUGGACCUAUCCAAAGAUAAUUCCCUUCUGGAAGAAGAUGGUUUUAUUGAAUUGGAAGAGACUUCAUCACAGACUGAUAGCAAAGUAAAGAGCACAGAUGUUGGAACAGUUGGUGUUCCCAAUGACUCUAAAAUGAGAAAGGAAGUUUGGUUGCAAGCAACAAAUAAAGAAAAUUGUGACCAAUCAGGGACAAAGCAUGAAGUUCUUAAAGAUGUCCUUGAUUUAGAGUCCUGUGAGAAGCUAGAUGUGGUGCCUGAAAUAAACAAGGGGGGUAGUUCACCAACAAAUAAGGUGGAAACAACUCUGGAUGCAAACAAGGAGCUGAAUAAAGACAAACUUAUUGAAUUUUACCUCAGUAAAGAUAAGGAUGAGCCACAGACUACUGAUGACUUAUGUAAGGCUAACGUCAAGGAAGACGGGAACAGUAUACCAGGAGGCAUAGACCUCACCCUUAGUUCUUCACAUUCCCAAGCCAAUAAAUUUGUGAAAGGCAAAAGAGAGGGUCCAGAUUUGUGUUCUAAUGGAAGGAAAGAGGCAUCGUCAGAAGUUGGCGCGACAGCAGAGAAAAAGGACCAUGAAGGAUCAAUAGCCUCUUCAUUGCCAUCUCAGCUAGAUAAUAAGUCUGAAAUCAGACUCUGGCUGCUGCAGAGAAUCCAAGUGCCCAUUGAAGGUAGGCCUGCUUACCAUAGUCUUACUGUAGCACCCUAUGUUAAUGAAGGACAGAAAUUCUCUUUCAGUUUCCAAUAGUUCUCUUCAACCUUGUUUUUUUUUUACAGAUUGCUUAACAGCACAGUUAUGUCCUACAAAAAAUUAACGAGUCUGCCCUUGAUUCUAAUCUCUUUCUGCAGUUGUUUCUAGAGAAGUGGAAUACUGUUGGUUUUUUUCUUUCUUUCUUAUGACUUGAAUAUAGUUGAGAAGUGGGAAUGUGUCAAAAAAUUGAAUUUUCCUAAUUGUAGGGGCUACAUUAAAACCCACUUAACUUCUUUUUCUGCAGGUCAAAGUAUCGAAAUUAUAUCAUAACUUAUUUUUUUCUUUUCUUUCUGCAAAGUAUUUUUGUUGAUUCCCUUAAAUUAGUCUUGGAGGAAAACCGGCUGCAAUUUAUAUAUAUAUUUAUGUAAGCUGAGAAUAAUAAGCCUAAUAAUUUCCUACCAGGCCUUCACCAUGAUGUUGCAGGGUGCGUUGCAAUAAUUUUAAAAUACAGUAUUAAGAGCAGUUGAAAUACACUGAAGGGCAGUCAGUACAGAAUGUUCACAGAAUAUACAUUUAAAUAUAAUAAAUUCAAAACCAUAUUCUGCAUUUCUUAAGUCACUCCAUGAUAAAGGCUAAAUUGUGCUACAGGCCUGGCCACUGUGCUCCAUUUGCUAUGUUAUAACUCUGUGGUCUUUUGGAUUCAGAUAUGCUUCCUUCAAAGGAAGAGAAAAGCAAGUCCCCUCCGAUGUUUCUGUGCAUCAAAGUGGGCAAGCCUAUGAGGAAGUCCUUUACUUCUCAAAGCUCCACAAUGGCUCAGCAAUAUAAUAAAAGAAGAAAGCAACCGGAGUACUGGUUUGCUGUUCCACGAGAAAGGUAAGCUGUCACUUUUCAGGACCAUUCCGGAGUUUAUAAGAACUACAUUUCUUGCCCACCAGCUGUGUGAUUAGUGCUUCUGUUAGAGAAGCCUUUCAUUUUCCAGAUAUCCUUGUUAUUGUUUUGUUGCCAACAUCAUGCAAAUGGAACCGAACAGGGUGGUUUGUCCCUGCAGAUAUGUGGUGUUUCCUUCUGUCCAAGGCACAUCCAGCUUAUUCUUACUUCCUUUGUGGAAUGUGAUAACACAGCCUGGCUGGUAACUGUGUGAUGUGAUUAGUGAUAAGUAUCACAAACCCCAUUACAAACUCCGUAGCUCUUGCUGGCUGACCCGGUGUAAGCCUGACAGAGGGAAAACAAACCUUUAAAAGAUUUGCAAGCAUAAUUACUCCUAUCCUAGCAGAUCUGGGGUUUGGAUUUCUCGCUUAAAAAUUGAGUUAAAAACAACAACUGAUGUUCACAGAAUUUCAAGUAACAGAGGCCAAACUAGAUUCGAAGCUACAUGUGUCACUUGCGAUGAUGUCAGCUGAACUUUUUAUAUAUAUAUAUAUAUAUAAGAAACCCCAAGGUGCACAUGGAGAAGACCUAAUGGAAGUUUCUCUCCAGGACAACUUUGUGGGCUAGUGGGGGAGGAGGGUGGUUUUUAUCACAACAGUCAAGGUAGAGGAAAUGAUGGUAUUUCCUGUCUCUUUGCACAAUGGUCCUGAUAAAAAAAAUCCCCUCCCUGGCAGCCACUAUAUAUAUAAAAAACUCCCUUUUUCUCCCCUGCCUUUGCAUGUUUCGUCUCACAUCUAGUUUGACCUUCAAGCAGCUUCAUCAAGAAUGAAUGGGGGAAAGCCUAAAAUAAAUGGGUGACAAAAAUAGUUUAAGGGGAAUAAUAGUCCAGAAAAGACUUGGCAGAAAGCAGAUUAAGUCUGAGGAAGGAAGCACUCUAGACUUUUUCCAAAGAUGAAGAGUGAACUAAUGGAGUGACUCCAUUAGUAGCAAGAGUAUUUAAAAUGAAACACAGCUCCUGUGUGUGUGUGAUAUUUCAUUUGAGUUCUUAGAAUUGUUCCAAGGUGAUGUUUUAUUAUUAAGAGCUGUGUUGCAUUUUAUUUAUGUUGCAACACAUCUCUUGAUAUUGAAGCAUGACCCAUAACAUCAUUCUUAAAAGUUCCAAGAACAAAAUGAAACCAUUUGACGAAAUGAUGGAUUCAGUUCCUUCCAAGUUUAUAUAUAGAUGUGUUUAAAGUACUUCAAGACUCUUGGCUGUUUUCACUGCAACAGACUAGCAAUGCCAUCCAUCCUGGAAACGAGGUCAUGUAGCUGAUAAGCUUGCUGAUGGAUCAUGCAGCUCAUCUGCAUGACUGCCUUUGCAAUAAGGUACAAUGUGCCACAGCUGCAGUUCUUGGCGUCUUCUGCUGGACACGUCUGUCUUCUGUGUGACUUUGGACAUGCAGCAAGCGCUCUCUCCCAAAGCAUAUCUUACUUUGUCAGCGUAGACAAUGAAACCGGUUAAUCAGCGACUUUGACCACUGUUGCCUUUGUGAUUGUGAAAUAGGAGGAGCCCUUAUCUUUGGCACGAAACUCUAGAAGCAAUAAUCAUUAGGGAGGAAUGCUUUAUAAGGGUCCUUCUUUGCUCUGCGUGAAUCUUUAUGUUGACCCAGUUGUACCACUGCAUCUAGCCAGCUUACUGAAAGUCCUUCAUUGUGUAUCUUGCAAUGGGGAAUUUCAACAGUUCUAGAGGGUAAGUAUAUUAUUUAUUUAUUUAUUGAAUUUAUAUACCUCCCUCAGGUCUCAGGGAGGUUCACAGAAUAAAAUCAAAAUAUAAAACCACAAAAUACGUAAUGAGAUUAAAAACAACCCAAUAACUCCCCCCCCAAAACCCCACAUUUUAAAAGGACAUAGGAUGUAUAGGUAUAAAUAAGCUGUGUUACUUUUGUAUGUGCUUGUUAUGCUUGAAGAAUAAUAGGCUAGUAGUUUGUAUCUAUAAACCUCUGCAGUAGUGCCUGCUUUCCAUUUGCAAGUGAGUUAAAAGCAGUGAUGACUAGAGAGAGUUAGCAGUGCUUGUAAAGCACUGGCAAAUUUCAAAGCAGCCCCUGCUGCGGAAUUUUAUGGUUCAGGUAAUAUUAUAGAGGGGGUAAUGAAUACAUGGUACAUGGUCUUAACGGCAUAGCACUUGCUUCAGAGAUCAGUUGACUUGGUGAAACGCAUCUUUAUACACACACACACACACACACACACACUUUUCUGUUUUACAAUUUAAAUGACUCGUUUUUACAUCCUUUGAAAUAUCAAUGGUGCAGCACAUCUAAUCCCCUCCGUCUGUAUCCUGUGCUAUGCAUUUAAUACAUGUGUGAAAAGAUGCUGUGAAAACAAAGCAGCCUUUCCCUAGAGUCCUUUGCUUGCUUCUGCUUGUGCACCAAAACACUGAGCCAAUAACGUGGUGAGUGAUUUGAGUCGAAGAAUACAUAGCAGUAAUUAUGCAAGUCUGCAUAUGUGUUUCAUUUACUCAGGAGUAAGGAUGGGCCCUGAUCUGGAUCAGGACUGCAGCAUGAAGGAAGGAGAGAUUGAAUUCUUCUCUCUCCAGCCACGAUUAAAGUUGCCCACUCCCACCAGAGAGGACCCCCCCGGUACAAUAUUGGAAUGAAACAAUGUAGGGAAGAGUACAUGGUUCCUAUUACAAACGUGCCAUCUUUCAGACAUUUCAGUUUGCCAGAUAGAAUGAUCAUUUUGUCCUGCUUCAUGCUGUUCUGGAGUUUCUGAGUCAAUUUCAAGAGACGCAGGGAAGUCCAUUGUGCAAGUGGAAGUUCAUCAGGUGAAUCCAGACAUCACCUUGCCAACAAAGGUCCGUAUAGUUAAAGCCAUGGUUUUCCCAGUAGUGAUGUAUGGAAGUGAGAGCUGGACCAUAAAGAAGGCUGAUCGCCAAAGAAUUGAUGCUUUUGAAUUAUGGUGCUGGAGGAGACUCUUGAGAGUCCCAUGGACUGCAAGAAGAUCAAACCUAUCCAUUCUUAAGGAAAUCAGCCCUGAGUGCUCACUGGAAGGACAGAUCGUGAAGCUGAGGCUCCAGUACUUUGGCCACCUCAUGAGAAGAGAAGACUCCCUGGAAAAGACCCUGAUGUUGGGAAAGAUGGAGGGCACAAGGAGAAGGGGAUGACAGAGGACGAGAUGGUUGGACAGUGUUCUUGAAGCUACCAACAUGAGUUUGACCAAACUGCGGGAGGCAGUGGAAGACAGGAGUGCCUGGCGUGCUCUGGUCCAUGGAGUCACGAAGAGUCGGACACGACUAAAUGACUAAACAACAACAACAAUUUUAAACACUGCUCUGUAAGGCUUGAUACAUUUGGGAACACGUUGGAAUCAAGGACUACGGGUCAUAGCCUGGCAUGGUGUUUCUUUUUCAAAAGGAAGUUUGUGUGCACAUACAAAACAGAGUUUUUUUGUUUGCAAAGAUGGGGAACUUGUAGCCUUUCAGAAGUAGCUGGGCAGCAAAGUCCAUCAUCCUGAUCACUGGCAAUGCUGGCUGUGAAUGAUGGCAGUUCAACUCCAACAACAUUUGAAAAGUACCAGCCUUGGUUUUGAAGAAGGGAGGGACCUUAAAGUUAUUUCUGAUAUUUUGGCAGUGUGGGAGUGGUGGCAUAAAGCAGAGGAGAACAACAUAACUUUUUACUUGAAAGAUAAAGCAGAAUGUUAGCUCUUCUCCCACCUAUCCAGUGCUGGAUUUAUGUAUAAGCUGAACAAGCUAUAGCUUAGGGCCCCACUUUCUUGGGGACCAUCAAAAAAAUUUAAAGGGAAAAAAACUGGGUGUACAUUUCCAAAAUAUAAGAUAAAAAACAAAUAAAAUAAAACCUACAUACAGCAACCGUCCUUUGUGUUGUGUAGGCUCCUAUUUGUUAUGUGCAAAUGGCUUUAGAUGCCUAUUAGGUCCAUAAAUUACCAUGUAGCAUAUAUUCAACACAAAAAACAGCAACAAUUUGUUGUUGACAAAGGACAGCUGGACAUAUAAAGGGCCCCAUUACCUUCAGUAGCUUAGGGCUUCAUCAGACCUAAAUCUGGCUCUGCACCUACCCUUCUGCAGCCAGUAACUAUAUAAAUCAUGCUAAUUAUUGCUUGUUAAUUAUGCAUCAGUUCCCCAGUCCUGACAUUGCUCCAUGCAACUGUUAUGCUGCAUUUCCAACAACCACCUUCUAGGUGCAGUGGUGGUCAAAACAGAGUUUUUGUUUCUCUGAGCAGGGACUGUGUCCUUUGUAAGUUACCCAUAAGACCACCUGGUCAAACUUAUUUGUGUACAAAUAAAGCUUUGUUUUAGAAUAGUUGGAGUGACACUGAAAGGCUGGCUAACAAGGUCACUCGCUUGUUUUGACUGGCAUGGGCUUUAUGUGUUUAGCAUUUCAGACCUUAAAGCCUUUGAUCAAGAUAACAUGAUUAUGGUAAGUUAAGCUUUGGUAAUAAAGAGUGAGACCCACAGCUCAUGCCCGCCCGCUGGUGUGACUUGUAGAAUGAUGCCAUUCAGUAAGAUUAUUUGGAAUGAGGAGAACUGGGCAUUUAAGUUUGCACUUAGCACAUCUACAGCACUCACAGCUGCAGAUGGAAGCACCACAGGUAGAGAAUUUUCUGCACCCAGUGCAAAAUUUGUACAAAAUAUAUUCUUGACCAGUUCCCUACCUUCUUCCCGCCCUCUUCCAGAAACUCAGCACUGUCAGGUUCUCCACUAGUUUCUUUGUGUAUUCCCUGUCUGCAAAUUUGGCAAUUAGCCUUUGUCUACAAAUAAAAAUGCUUUAAGCUGGGGGUGGGGAACUACUUGUGGGGGCAGGGCCAGAUCCAAAAUCAGCCAAUCUUCUGCAGGCUACAUUGACAGGUGGCUGGGUCCACCCACCUGUCAAUCACCUGGCACCAAAUGACUAAUUAGACCCACUUAUUAGGCUGGAACAUACUCAUGGUUGCUUUAAUUAGAGUUUGGAUUUGAUAUCCCGCUUUAUCACUACCUGAAGGAGUCUCAAAGCGGCUAACAUUCUCCUUUCCCUUCCUCCCCCACAACAAACUCUCUGUGAGGUGAGUGGGGCUGAGAUACUUCAAAGAAGUGUGACUAGCCCAAGGUCACCCAGCAGCUGCAUGUGGAGGAGCAGAGAUGCGAACCCGGUUCCCCAGAUUACGAGUCUACCGCUCUUAACCACUACACCACACUGGCAUAGCCAGUUGGCAUAGCCAACUCUCAAGUGACUGUGAUCUACUUUCAGAAUUAAAACCUCCCGUUUUUUGGGGGGGGGGGUUCAGCUCAGAGGAGUUGAGCUUUUUUAGGAAAUAGAAAAGCUGUUUUUUGGGGGGGUUAAAGGCAAGGGACAAAGGGGUGAAGUCACUCACAAAAAAGAGAUCUCUAUGGAUGAAAACAGCAGCACAGAGAAAGCUCCAUCUUCCCUUCCAUAAAUCAAACAACAAUGGAGGUUGAGGGAAGGGAGCCAGAGAUCUACCAAAACCUCACGGUGAUCUACCAGUAGAUCAUGAUCGACCUGUAGGACAUCCCUGCUUUAUUUUUAUUUUUUUAAUAAUUUUUUAUUAAAGUUUUAAACAAAGAAAAAAGAAUAACAACACACACAAAAAACAAUACAAAACUUAACAAUGAAAACAUAAAACAUAACAAUUAAAAACAAACUCUCUUUUCCAUUUCCAAUUUUAAAUUACUUAUUUUCUGGACUUCCUCAUACCUCCCUCUUUUGUAUUCCAGUCCACAUUAUUUGUCCAGCAGUUUCUUUUCCACUUUUUUAUCCCAAUCUUUAAUUUAAUAAAAUGUUAAAAUAUAUAACUUCAACUUUUUUAAACCUAAUCCUUACUCUUAAUGUCAUAUAGCUUUAAAUUUUUCCCUUUUAUUUAUCAAAUUUCCAUUUCUUUAGACAUCUUUAAUCUUAAUCUUUAAUCUUAAUCUAUCCUUAACUUUAACCUGUACAGCUGGAAACCACUUAUUUUCAAUCCAACAUCACUCUAACAUUCCUUAAUUUUGCAGUGUUUCUGAAGAUAGUCUUUGAAUUUCUUCCAAUCUUCCUCCAUCGACUCUUCUCCCUGGUCCCGGAUUCUGCCAGUCAUUUCCGCCAAUUCCAUAUAGUCCAUAAGUUUCAUCUGCCAUUCCUCCAGCGUGGGAAGUUCUUGUGUCUUCCAAUACUUUGCGAUGAGUAUUCUUGCUGCUAGGACAUCCCUGCUUUAAUCAGUUGACAAGCUUGACUCGAAGAAAGUGAGCUGAGAAUCCCUGAAAUUAAGACAGCAGUGAUGUUUUCACGUGGGCUAUCAGCAGGGAAGGUCCUGCUGGUGGUGCAACUGAGUGCUACUGGGCUUUCUCAGACCCAUGAUAGGGCCUUCUGUGCAGUAAUUCCCUGUUUAUGGAAUGCCUUCCCUGGUACACUGUGUGUGUCUCCCUCCUUCAUUCUUAUCAUUCAGGAGGAAUGGAAAAAUCUUUAUGUUUACUCAGGCACGUGGUUGCAGAAGUAUGUUGGUUCCUGGAACCUUGAAAUUAUUUAGUUGUGAGGAUAUUUGAGGAAACAACAAUAACUGUAUCAUUUUUCUUGUUUUUGUUGUUUGCUGUCCUGGGUUCCUUUGGGAAGAAGGGUGGGAUAGAAUAAUGGUAAUAUACUGUUGGCUCCAAAUUGGUAUCUUGCAGAAAUAUAUCAAUGCUGUAUAUGUGUUUCUUGAAAUUGUCUUAUGCUUGAUUCCCAAAACAGUGGCUUGAAAAUAUGCCAGAAGGAUUUGCUUCCAAGGGCUUGAGACUCAUUGCCUUAAAUGUGUAUAUGAGAGUGAUUUGUAUGGUUUAUCUUUUUAUCUAAGAACCGUGACGAUAUUAAUAGUUGGCUACCAGAAUUCACAUGCAGUAAAAUGUUUAUGAUUUGAUAGUCUUUAACUAAGUGAUUGCCUUUCCCUCAGCAGGUUUAUGUUUCUGUCUGGUUCUCUAGAAAUUAGUUACUUGAUAUAUCACUUUGGAAAUAGGCUAGUUGAUCUGUUGUGGAAACAGGUACUUAGGAAGUUGAGGUAAUUUUAAUCUGUUUUAGUAUUUUAACUUUGGUAUGUUUUAAAGUACUUUUGUCGUUUUUGCUUGAUUUUCUUGUUUUAUCCUAUUUGUAAACCGCUUUGAGAUUUUUUUGGGGGGGUGUCCCCCCCAAAAAAUAAUCAAGUGAUAUAUACAUUUUGUGAACAGUCUUCCCCAAUCUGCUGCCCUCCGGUUGUUUGGGGCUACAGGUUCCAAAAAUCACUGACCAUUGGCAAUGUUGGCUGGGACUGAUGGAAACUGUAGUCCAAACUGUUUGGCGCUCACCAGGCUGGGAAAGGCUACAGUGACACAAAAUGAAACAGUGACACAUCAUGUGGAAAGACAUUAAGUGAGUCACUUGCAUUUCUAGAGGGAUUCCCCCUGCCCCAGUGGAAUAACUCAAUCAUGGGUAGUGCACUGUGGAUUGGUAGGAAGUGGUUGCAGAAAAAUUAGAUAAAAUUGCACCUGCCUUUCCUCUGUUUCUCAUGGAAAACCAAAAUUCAGGCUGCGGAUCACAAGCUGGCUGGCCGUUGGAAGAACAAAAUACUGGAUGAGCUGGGCCUUUGGUCUCAGCCAGAGUGGCCCAUUAUCUCUUGAUGAGUUUUUAUUUUCAUAUAUGUUUAUCACUUGAUAAUUGCAGCUUCAAAGAAUGGUUUGUUUCCUGUGCUCUCUGAAUGCAGGAAUACCCUUGAAUCCGUAUACUGAAUGCAAAGCUGCUUCAAAAUCGAGGGAUAAGAGAGAUUCAAUGUUGAAUAACUGCAGUAUUUUGCAGUUUGGGUGUUCUGUGAGGUAGGAGUAGGGAGAAGGUGUAAGCCUGAGGUUCAGUCCAGCUCUCACCAAAUAUUUGGUCAAAAUCAAGCGCUGCUGCCACAUUCACUGAACAUGUUCAAAAAAGUUUCAUUUAGGUAGUUGGCAAGUGGUGUUAGUAUUUUACACUUGCCUAGGAGUAAGUUCUACUUAACUGAUUUGGGCUUACCUUUGAGAAGAUGUGCACAGAGUUUUACUGUUAGUGAAUCUGCCUCCCACGAAGGGUUUUGGAAUGCUCAGCCCCUAUCUUUUUGCUUUCACCUCACAGGGUCGAUCACCUGUAUACCUUCUUUGUACAGUGGUCACCAGAUGUGUAUGGCAAAGAUGCUAAAGAACAGGGCUUUGUUGUGGUGGAAAAGGAGGAGCUUGACAUGAUAGACAACUUCUUCAGUGAACCCUCAACAAAAAGCUGGGAGGUGAGUGGUAUCUGUUUUCAAAUCAGAAGUAUUUGAAACUCCAUGGCAGGAUUGAUCUAUAACAACACAUCUGGCUGCCAAGGAGAUUUAUUCCUACUGAUUGUAACCUGUCGUUGGCCUCUUCUAAAGUAAGUUCAUAGUCUUCAUGGUUGCGUACAUGGUUGGACCAUGUGUUACAAAGUACAAAUUCUGCUUUUCAUGGACUCGGCUACAAUGAAUAAAUGGAUAAUACAGUCCUAUGUUAGUUUUAUACUGAAUAUCGCAGGUUAACUGUAGAGUUCAAAUAAAGAACUACAUGCAUUUGUGACAAGAAAAAUGUAUUUAUUAUUUAUUCAACUUAAUAAUUCCAAAAUCAACAAAUAAAUACAUCAACAAAUACGUAAACAUAUUAUUACAAUUUUUAAAAAUUACUCCAAAUAUAAUAAAAUGAAUUACUGUAUUUUGUAUGUUUGGGUUCCUGUAUAAUAAUAAUAAUAAUAAUAAUAAUAAUAAUAAUAAUAAAUAAUUUUAUUUAUAUCCCGCCCUCCCCAGCCAAAGCCAGGCUCAGGGCGGCUAACAACAAACAAAUAAUCAAACAAUCAAAUAAUCCAACAUUCUAAAACAUUUCAUUAUAAAAAUUAAUUAAAAUCAAAUUAAUGGCAACCGUUAAGCAAAGUUCUGUGCAGGUUGCCAGAGGAGGGAGUCAGGCUGGGCCCUGACCAAAGGCCUGGUGGAACAACUCUGUCUUGCAGGCCUUGCGGAAAGAUGUCAGGUCCCGCAGGGCCCUAGUCUCUUGUGACAGAGCGUUCCACCAGAUUGGAGCCGCAGCCGAGAAAGCCCUGGCUCUAGUUGAGGCCAGCCUAACCUCUCUGAGGCCUGGGACCUUCAGGAUGUUUUUAUUUGCAGACCGUAGGUUCCUCUGUGGGGCAUACCAGGAGAGGCGGUCCCGUAGGUACGAGGGUCCUAGGCCGUAUAGGGCUUUAAAGGUUAAAACCAGCACCUUAAACCUGAUCCUGUACUCCACCGGGAGCCAGUGCAGCUGGUAUAGUACCGGAUGAAUGUGAUCUCGCAGCGAAGACCCCAUAAGGAGUCUCGCCGCGGCAUUCUGCACCCGCUGGAGUUUCUGGGUCAUAAUAUGAAAAUACUCCAUUUUUCUAUAGAAUAUUUUUCUUUUGUAGUACUAAUAAAUUCAUUAUAUACAUAUACACUCCACUCUGAUUUUUCAGUAGCCAUUUUGAGGCCUGUUUCCUCUCAUAUUUCCUGGUAAGUGAGUGCUCCUGAAACCAGACAUAAAUUCCCUGUUAUUACUAUUAUUAAUAAUUUAUACCUCGCCUUUUCCCCUAAUGGGACUGAAGGCAGUUUACAGACAAAAACCAGAAUGGCUAAAAACUGGAAAAUACAAUUAAACAUUGAUAGAUUUAAAACUUUAUACUUAUAUAAAAUAUGCUACAGGGGAAAGAGAUACAACUGGAUACAACACAAAGACUAUGAAUUUUAGCAAAAUAUAUUUCAGUCAAAUAUAUUCAGGUUCACUUGUGCAAAAUAAAUCCUAAACAUUUAAUCAGUCCCAUGUCUAGGAGCUUCCUAGGAGCUCAGGGCAUGCACUUUUAUCUUCACAGCAACCUUGUGAGGCUCAUUCAUGGUCAAAUAAUUUGUCCACUACAGAAACAAUCUUUCUAUGAGUUGUUAGUAUAAUUUCUUCUUGUUCUUGUUGGCAUCCCUGCAAAACUCUUCAUUUUGUUUGUGUAUUAAAUUUAUAUCUUGCCCUUUCUCCCAAAGGAGCCCAGAGCAACAGUUACAUAAUUAUAUGGUUAAAUAUUUAUUAUUUAAUCUUGAAGCAAAGUUUCUUGUGUUUAACAAAAUUGUCUAGAUCAGAUACACACUUUAUUACUGCCAUUAAUUUUGGUAGACAGAUACUUUAAAUUCACACAAAUCAAAGGAUUUGUAGGGUGAGUUAAAGAUUUGUGUCAUCAACAGGACAAAACAACAACAAUACAGGUUAUGUAGUUGAGGAUCAGAUGUUAACUUGCAACAUCUGCCUGUAAGAUAAAUUGUUAGAAUCUUUGAUUCAGAGGCAUACACACAUUCAGGAUUUUUUUUAAAAAUGGGGGUGGGGGGGGAGAGAGAUGCAGCUCUAUCGAAGCAAUUUUUUAUGCAAAGAUUUUGGAGGGAUUUGUUGGAUAAAACUGAGGAAACAAUGGGAUAUGAUAUUCCUUCAGGUCUAAAACAUAGGAUUCUUAAAAGGAAGUAGUGUUUUAUUUUAUUUUAGAAUUAUUGUUCAAUUUACUUGCCAUCAAAUGAGUUUCUUUUGCAGUGGGAAUUUAUUGAAAAAACCCCACAUACAAAUCCCUGUAAUUUCAAAAUGACUUUAUGACCACCUUCCAGGCAGCAAUGAAACUGAUCGGUGUACAACAUAAAAUCACAACACCUGUUUUAUUAUGAUACAGAACAAAAAUUUUCAGAACACAUUAGCUCAUGAAGGACAAGAAGUAGUGGACAAUAAUAAAAGAAUGACAUGUAUCUUAAUGCACAGUUGGGCAACUGCAACCUCAUUUUGUGCAGCCCCUGCUGCUUCUUGAAUUUUCCCCAUCAGAGCUCCUUUCUUCCUUGUUCAUUUCCUUGUUUUUCCUGACCUUUUAAGUGACCCCCCCGUCCCACAUUCUGUGUAGUUUUGGAACAACUGGUUUGGACGGUUGAUAAAAACUAACAACCCUUUUCCCGUUUAUUUCUUCCCAGUAGUAUUUAUAUAUUUGUUUUAUAAAAACAAUUAAAGCAUUGUUACAUUAAAGCAAAUCAGAACAUUCAGAAAGAAAUCACAUGUAGCUUGAGGAACGUAAUCCCUGCUAACCCAAAUAACUCUUCUGGACAGUGGCUCCUAUACUAAAUGUACCAAAAAGCAUAGCGUUAGAAAGCUAGUGGAUUAUACCCGUUAGGAGUAUGACAUAUGGGCAGAAAAUUCCUAUUCAACUCUCAGCUCAGGCAGGAAUCCCUGAGGUGGCCAAUCUCACAGCAAACAUCACUCCCUAAAACUGCUAUGUGCCCUGAUUUUUGUGGUGGUAGUGGUGAAGUUGGGGGGAAAUUUUGGCAGGAAAACAAUAUGAAGGGAGAUCCUGAUCCAGACUGAGGCAUUUUGUGAAUAAAAUAAAAUUUGAUUUUUAAAAAAAUCAUCUUUGGGGAGAUAAAUUUGUCCUGUUUGAGUCUAAGCUUCACUGACAUGGAGCAAUGGAUCCAAACUACAAGAAAGAAGAUUCCACCUAAACAUUAGGAAGAACUUCCUGACAGUAAGAGCUGUUCGACAGUGGAAUUUGCUGCCAAGGAGUGUGGUGGAGUCUCCUUCUUUGGAGGUCUUUAAGCAGAGGCUUGACAACCAUAUGUCAGGAGUGCUCUGAUGGUGUUUCCUGCUUGGCAGGGGGUUGGACUCGAUGGCCCUUGUGGUCUCUUCCAACUCUAUGAUUCUAUGAUCCUGCAGCUACUCACUACACUAUGGAAGGAAUGAAUGGGAGAUGCUCUUUGAGGCAAGAGAACUACUGGUUCUACUACGUUGUUUGCAUGUGGUGGCAGUGAGAAUGUGUCCCGUCCCUAGACGACGUGUGUGUGUGUGUGUAUGUGUGAGAGAGAGAGAGUGAGUGAGAGAGAGAGAGAGAGAAUGUGAGUAUACAUAUGAGAUGAACAGGAAGGUACCAUUAGGAGUCGUUUCUGUUUUCCCUACAGAAGCCUAAAGUUGGCACAAUUGCUAUCUCAAUCAUUCAGUUAUUUUCUUUGUAAGAUAUAUAUAUAGACACACACACACACACACACACACACACACACACACACAAUCUUUACAGGGCUGCUUAAAAAAAUUCAAAGAACCUUAUUAUUUCCUUUAAUUUCAUUUAUAUAAAUGUUUUUAUAUUCCUCUGACUGGAAGCUGAGGUUGGCUAUUGAUAUAAAGGUGUGUGAUAAUUACAUUUUUUAAAAAAGUCAAUAGGUCCAGACUUGCUGUUUUAGCCUAAACUGCCAGAAGCGGCUUAGCUGUUGCCAAAUAAUGGGAGGGACAAGCUUUGUCUAGGAAUACCUAGGAAAGUGUUAAUUGUUCCAGGAUAUGAAUCAAGGCUGGAAAGCAAAAGGCAGGAUAAAGGCCAUUCAAGUUGCCACAGGUAGGCAGGUAUCCAUCCCGCUGCUGAUUUCCUGGCAGCGGGGCACUAAGAUGUGUUGGUGUCCUUCCUUUCCUCUGACUUAGAGCAGAAAAUUAAACUGAUUUGGAUGAUAUAAAACUAUAAGAUAACAGCCAUAAACAUUAGUUUAAAAUAAGUAAAAUCUACAAUAGGCUAUCCGUUUAUCCAGUGUGUGUGCUCCUCUGACAUGCUGUUUUAGCCUAAACUCUGGAAAGCAGUUUACCCAUUUCCAAAAAAUGGGAGGGGCUAGCUUUGUCUGGGCAUACCUGGAAAAGUGUUAAUUGUUACAGGGAAUUAAUCAAGCACUGGAAACUGUGAAAGGCAGCAAUGCAUGACGUAUUGGUUGGGCCAUUCAAGUUGCCGCAUGCGAAGGAUAUAGAGACUAGCAGUGAGAGCACACAGAUGUUUACCAUGUGCCCUUCCACUUUCUGAGCUCAGUGCUGAUGUUGGUUACCAAUUUCAAGUUCUUCCUUGUGUUGAAAAGUCACAACUCAGUCAGAAAGCAUAAAAAGGAACAAGAGUUUAUAUACCCCUGAACUCCAAAAUAAGCUUGGUCUACUACAUACAAUAGGUUUUAAUGGUUUUACUGUAUACCACCUUGAUAUUUUUAUGAGUUGGCAGUUUAUAUUCUUAUAAGUAUCACACCUAGGAGACUAUCUCUUUUGAGAUGCACAGUAAUUUUCUAAAUCACUGCAAUACUCAUAAAUGAGGUAAUGGAAAAUUUGGGCUACUCCAAAUUGUGACCCAGGACAGGGAGCCUAAGUGAUUACAUUAUAUAUGCUGAUUUAAUAUCAAUUGCAAAGUGAUAAGUUUAAAGAAAGAUGGGUUUAACCUGUUUUAAUUUGUUUUAAUUGGAUUUGAUUUCAUUCAUCUUAAAUCAGUUUUGAACUUUAAAAUCAGGUUUUUUUAAAAAAAAAUCUUCACUUGCAUUUAAAAAAAAAAUCUCUCUGAUAAAAAAGAGAACAAGCUAGUUAAAGAAACUGCAAGUGGCAUAGGGAUGUGUUCAGCGUAGCACUAAGUGGAACAGUCAGGGCAAGGAUUCUUCCUUGCACAAUAGAACAUUUGCCCCCUUCCCUCCCCCAAUGAAAUCUAUUCUGAGAAUUCCCCCAUCCCUUCAGAGCAGAUUGGGGAUAGUGCAGAAAACAUGUGGGAGGAAAAGAGGGAAGAAAUUCCAUCAUGCUAGCGGUAAUCAGUGCACUAGUGGAACUAUUUAGUUGAAUUCCUUCCAGUAGCACCUUAGAGACCAACUAAAUUUCUUAUUGGUAUGAGCUUUCGUGUGCCUGCACACUUCUUCAGAUACACUGAAACAGAACUGCAAUUGGUCUUACAGGAAAAAACAAGCAAAAGCUCAUACCAAUAACAAACGUACGGUAGUUGGUCUCUAAGGUGCUACUGGAAGGAAUUUUUUUAUUUUGUUUCGACUACGGCAGACCAACACGGCUAACUACCUGUAUUUAGUUGAAUGCCACCCACUUUUCUCAGGUUGUGGGUACAUAUGACCUGUGGUGGCAUGGUAGAGGGAGGCUUGACUGCAUAUUGAGACCAAACAGAGAAAUCAGUUGAAGCAAUUACGGUAUUUGCCAUCACACAGAAGACAGGAUCCUAGAUAUGUGGGUGUAUGAUCUGGAGUGGCCUGAAGCUUAUUUUGGGAAGACUCCCAUAUUCUUUUCUACAUAUUCUGGCCAUUAUUAGCAUGGUCCCUUGAUAGACAUAUAGUUUCCUGAACCCAGGAAUUCGUUCCUGGGGUCCGUACUUAACCUGAAACUGUUCUUAACCUGAAGCACCACUUUAGCUAAUGGGGCCUCCCACUGCUGCUGCGCCGCCGGAGCACGAUUUCUGUUCUCAUCCUGAAGUAAAGUUCUUAACCUGAGGUACUAUUUCUGGGUUAGCGGAGUCUGUAACCUGAAACGUAUGUAACCUGAAGCAUAUGUAACCUGAGGUACCACUGUAGCUAAAUAGGUACCGCUCCGGCAGGAAGGUAAACAGCGUUUCCAUGUGCUGCUCUGGUUUCGGUGUUGCAUUGCGCCAGAAGCGGCUUAGUCAUGCUGGCCACAUGACCUGGAAAAACUGUCUGCGGACAAAUGGCGGCUCCCUCGGCCUGUAAAGCGAGAUGAGCGCCACAACCCCAGAGUCGUCUGCGACUGGACUUAAAUGUCAGGGGCCCUUUACCUUUUAAAAAUGUUAUUAUGACAGCCUUACUUAAGAGAGAAGUGUUCCUUGAGAUGGCUGGAGAUAAGUGAAAUCAAGAAAGGACACUGCAGCUAUUAGGAAGUGAUGUCCCUUAUCUAAUGCUGAUCAGUGGAUGUUUCAUCAGUUGGGUUUAGAGGAAAAGUGCAUUGACAGGUGAUAAAGAGUGUACAAGAGAAUCCUGGGAUUCCUGCAAUUUUUUGGGAAUAGGUAAGAGAGCCUGCUCUUGUGAAAUCUUGGAGCCACUGUAAAUUUAUGUUUAGGUAGUGCAUGGAAAUGGCAAUAAAAGUAAAAGUUGUUGCAAAACCUAAUCUGAAAAUGGACUGCUGCUGCUAUCUGACUCAUACCCUAUUUACAAUAAAGUCUUUUUGCGCUGAAUCUGUUGCCAGGCUGCCCUUGGGCUCGUUCUAGAGAAAACGAAAGUAAGUUUGGUAUAUAAGGCAGUUUAGAAAGCAGCUUGUUUCAGAGUUAGCUGUAGAGACAGGAGCUUCACUUGUGGUGAGAAAUCAGAAGGUAAUAAAAAAAUGAAAAUCGUAAGAGACAGACAAAAGGAAACGGCUGUGAAUUUUCAAAUAAUAUUCUGUGCCAAGCCUGACCAGGAGCCCUUCGUGAAGGUAGGUUAAAAUGAAAGUUGUUGUCUUUUAGUUCUUUUGUUUGCCAAUUCUCAACAUAGAACGUUCAGAAUGGGAGUGCUGUUUCAUGGUUAAUAAAACUGUUCUCAUCAUAGACCAUAUUGAAAUGUAGUUGCAAUUAAGAUACGUUGCAUAUCAUUUUUUAUAUGCAUGACAAAUGCAGUGCUGCACAUGGUGUGAGAUCAUGUUGUUGCCCUUGUUGUAGAAUGCAUUUCUGUUGAAAUUGUGAUUUCUCAUCUUGGUACAUAUGCCUACUCUGAAGUACGUACUAUUGAGUUACACUUAUUCUCUGUGUAUAGGAUUAUGGCAUUAAAAGAGCUGUCGAAGGAGUUUCUGCUGUUGCUGUUUGUUUUUAAUUCUGUCUGUCAAUGUGUAUGCAACUGCCUCUUCACAUGCAAAUAAAAUACAUAUUUUGCAUCUCAAUUGCAGGUGCACAUAGUCAACAUUUUGUUUCCAAUUUGGGAAACAUACUGGCUCUUCUAUCUUCUGUUUUUCUGUUCAUUGUUUUUAUCUUGUUUUCAGUAUUGUACCUUGAGAUUUUAAUUAAUCAGUUCGAGUAUUUCCAUAAGCUGUCCCUGAGCACUUCCUUCCUGGACUUGAAAAAGGCAGACACACUCCUCUGAAGGACAAAUAGCAUAUAUGAGGUGUUAAAUCACAUUAAGUUGUUUAUUAGGUUUAAUUUAGAUUGGGGUAUGUGUUUUGCAGUUGUUUUAAUGUUUAAUGCUUUUAUGACUGAACUACCUCGAGCAGGCUUUUAUUCUGAAACAUGACCAAAAAAAAUGAAAUAAAAUAAAUAAAAGUAUAUUACAGGUUUCCAUCAAACAAAAAGCUAUCUAAAUAGUAAAUCCUUUAAAAACAUUUCCCUCAUUUUUACAAUGGUAGUAGAAGUUGGAGGGUCACAGCAUAGGAGCUGUAAUGGAAAACAUUUCAAAUACGAUGACCUAAUUUGACCAUAAGCCAAUAAAUGUCCAUGUUUAUUUUACACUGUCCUCUUUCUUUGACAGUCAAAUAUAAUGUAGCGAACAAAUUAGAUCAAUAUAUAUGGAUGUCCAUUACCAUAAAACAACCCCUUUAGCUAUUAGAUUAGUCAUAUCUGAUGUGAUUCUAUGAGAGGCCAUGUGGUUGGAAUAAUGUGGUGGCAUGGAUAAAAGCCAGAGAGCAAACUCCUCCGCAUUAUAAUAUCAUCCUCUCUAAGAACUCUCUGCCCGUUACAGAACAAUUCCUUACCAUACAUGUUAAAUAAGGCAACUUCUUCCAUUGCUGAAUGGAUCUUACAGGUUAGGGUCAAAAGAGUCCUCUAGGCUUAGUUAUAAGGCCAGUCAGUUGCCAUCCAGUUAACAGUAUUUGACUAUUGUUGGCUAGAUAAUCCGGAGGAGUCCCUUUGUACAGAUCACAGCAAACACAAGAGAAUUGUUCCUUGGUUUGUGAGCCCUUCAGGGUGCCUGGAUUGGGGGCAUAGGGUUGUAUUCAAUAUAGGGAUUAAUCACUUGUUCCAUCAGCACAAGGAUUUCUCCUUGCACAGUAGAAUGUUCUACCCCUCUCCUCCCCCUCUACAGGUUCCCUGAAUGCUGUGGAACAGAUUUGAGAAAUCACAUUCCCCUAGCACUAUUAGUGGAAUGCCAGCCACACAUUCUUAUUUUAGGCCUCCCCUUUUAUCCUCCCAUUUUAAAAAGUAAGAGCGCAAUCCCAGCCAAAGUUAAGUAUUUUAAUUCUUGCACAUUUUAGUGAAAGAUAUUUAGUUUGUGGUACUGUUUACAAACUUAGUUGCUCCAAAGAAAGGGUGGGGUGGGGGGAAUAGCUGGUGCUAAAAGCAGCCCUUUACUGUGUUUCCCUCACAAUUUUGUUUGACUAAUUUUCGCCCGUGACUAGGUAAACCUGUUCUGAAUGAGAUAGAGCUGUGCCAUUGUUACCUGGGCAUUAGUUUGCUCUUUUAUAGAACAUUUCUUUUCACACACUGUGUACUGCAUCAAUCAAAUAAGUAAAUUUCAAGAUGCACAUAGUAUGCCCCCCAAAAAGUAUGACUAGAUGGUUCUUCUGCUUCCCUAGCCUUCCCUGUGCUGUUUCACUUUCUCUCUUAUAAAAACAUCUGAGUACCACUGAUCUAGCAUUAUGGAAUAAAACUAUUGUCAGACUUUUGUAUAAAAAAAGUAUCUCUUUUUAAAACCCUUUUUAGAUUAUUACUGUAGAAGAGGCAAAACGGCGAAAGAGCAUUUGCAGCUAUUGUGAAGAAGAUGAUCGAUGCAGUGAAGAAGAUGAAGAUGCUUUGCCUGUCUUAAAAAACCAGAGUGUGCUCUUAGAAAAUAUGCAUAUAGAACAGGUAAAGUUUAUAAAGGGGAGAAUGUAUGUAUGUGUGUGUGUAUAUAUAUACGUGUGUGUUUAUAUAUAUAUUUAUAUUUAUAUAUAUAUAUAUAUAUAUAUAUAUAUAUAUAUAUAUGUAUAUAUAUAUAUAUAUAUAAAAAAUCAGAACAUGUUUUGUGUGGUGUAGUGGUUAAGAGCGGUAGACUCAUAAUCUGGGGAACCGGGUUCGCGUCUCCGCUCCUCCACAUGCAGCUGCUGGGUGACCUUGGGCUAGUCACACUUCUCUGAAGUCUCUCAGCCCCACUUACCUCACAGAGUGUUUGUUGUGGGGGAGGAAGGGAAAGGAGAAUGUUAGCCGCUGUGAGACUCCUUCGGGUAGUGAUAAAGUGGGAUAUCAAAUCCAAACUCUUCUUCAAAUCCAAACACUUCUUAAUUUUGCGCAAUCCAUAUUAAUUUUUGAUGCUUUAUAAAUGGCAAUCAGGGAGCCCCGUCCUAUGGAACUUGUUCUUGCACCUCAUUGUACAGAGGUACAGCUCUGAUUAUAGGCUGAACUGUUCAGUUCUCAUACAGGACAGAAUGAAAUUUCUAGUGCCACAUCAGUUGCAUUUUACACUAACUACAAUGCUUUCUUUUAUCUUCUAGCUCGCCCAGUGCCUGCCAGCAAGGGUUCAGGGAUAUCCCUGGAGGCUAGUCUACAGCACACAAGAACAUGGAACCAGCUUGAAAACACUGUAUCGUAAAUCGGCAUCUCUUGAUAGCCCUGUCCUGCUUGUCAUCAAAGACAUGGACAAUCAGGUUAGGCACCACAACAAAUCCUGUUUAAUUGUGUUUUGUUUUCCCUCUUGUUUCCAAGUAUUUCAGUAGGAGUGUAGCUUAAAAUAAGUCUUGUGUUAACAAAAAGCGCAAUUGAUCUCUGUCUUAUGGCUUCAAGUUAUCUGAGUGCUUCAUAGUGUGAAAAGUACUUUUGCUUCAUGUUCAUUUUUAGAUUACAUUGGCAUAAAAAAGCACAAGUUUAUUGAUGCCAUUGUUCUUCUGUCUUAAAAUGGUUGAGAUCUAAUUAUGUCUGCCUGCUUGUGCCCCACUUUUCAAUGGGACUUCUGGUUUUUUAUCCUCCAGCGUGCACCCCAGAAACUGCUCUGGAAGGUUCUCCAGCUCUCAAGAGCAAUUUUGGGGCAUGCAGGGGCUGGAAUGGAAACCCUGUUGCCCUAGUGGACAUCUGCUCAUUCUACAUUGGAUUUUGCUAGGGGUUUAGAUGGAGGAGCAACUUAGAAUACUUGUAACUUUUGCACAAGAAGAGAAAUUAAUAAUAAUAAUAAUAAUAAUACCUUUACUGUCAAUGUACAAACUGUGUACAAUGAAAUUAACCAAGCCUCACCCCCCCCAUAGAAACACUCAAUCUUAUUACACAACACACCAACCCCGAAAGUCAGUUGCACUAUAUUAUUUUCCGUUCAGCAGCCUAACAGCCCACAGAUAGAAACUGUUUUUUAGCCUGUUGGUACGACUGAUUAUACUUCUAUAUUUCCUGCCUGAGUGUAGAAGAUUAAAGAGGUGCUGGCCGGGGUGUGCAUCAUCCCUGAGAAUUUUUCUCGCUCUCCUAAGGCAUUGAUCCCUUGUGAUGUCAUCUAGUGGGCUCAGGGGACAGCCCAUGAUAUCAUGUGCUGUGUUCACCCCCCUCUGUAAAGACUUUCUGUCCGUGGCUGUCAAGCCAACGUACCACCCUGUGAUACAGUAUGAGAGGACACUUUCUAUUGUGGACCGGUAGAAGGAGGUCAUCAAUUGUUGUUUAACAUUGUUCUUUCGCAAGACCCUGAGGAAAUGUGGUCUCUGUUGGGCCUUCCUAACCACCUGAGUUAUAUUGUUUUUCCAAGUGAGGUCUUCACUAAGGUAAACUCCCAGGAAUUUAAAGGAAGAGACUCUCUCCACACAACCCCCCCGAUAUACAAUGGGCUAGUUCCCCUCUCUUCCUCUGAAAGUCCAACACCAUCUCCUUUGUCUUGCUAAUAUUUAGGUGCAAGUUAUUGUCUAGGCACCAUGUAGAUACUUUUUGAACCUCCCCCCUGUACGCUGAUUCAUCUCCACCUGUAAUUAAACCCAUUAUGGUAGUAUCAUCUGCAAACUUAAUAACUGCAGUAGAUGGAUCAGAUGAAAUACAGUCAUAUGUAUACAGCGAGUACAGGUAGGGACUCAGCACACAUCCCUGUGGGGUGCCAGUGCUGAGCUUCAGGGAGGUAGAUGUAUCAGGCCCAGUCCUCACUGUUUGUGUCCGAUCCCUCAGAAAGUCUUUAAUCCAGUCACAGAUGGUAGAAGAAAGGUAUAGUUCCAUCAGCUUUUGGAUAAGAAUGUCCAGAAGGAUGGUAUUAAAAGCCAAUCUGUGUGUUGAAAACUGACACUAAGAUAGGUGUGAGAGGACUGAUAGAACCUCUCUGGGCCUUUUAUUGGGGCUAUUUACAUGUGUGCAUGCUGCAGAUGUUUGAGCUUUCAGCUCCUGAUAAUUCAGCAGAAUGAAGGCAUCUAUGUCUCCUUAUCCAUUUCUGAACUGCAGUCAUAUUUAUUUACAAAUAUUUAUAAACUACCAACUCAUUACAAACCAUUGUGCAUGCAAUGAAAUCAUUGAAACAUAUUAUAAAUUUUUUAAAAUCAUAAAAUACAGAAUAAAUGACCAACGCUUAAGGGAUAUGAAAAUUUUCAUCGAUGUUUGCUUUUCAUAGGUUGGUUAAGUAAGUAAAAACAACAGUAACCUUGUUUGAAAUGUUUUUGAAUGUUUAUGCCUUUAAAUGUGGGAAGUAUCUUCCAAUAUAAUCGUAAUUUUGUUUUGGCAGGUUUUUGGGGCUUAUGCAACGCAUCCUUUCCACUUCAGUGAUCACUAUUAUGGCACUGGAGAAACUUUCCUAUACACAUUUGAUCCUCUUUUCAAGGUAAGGUGCACUGAGGAUAGUCCUCACACUUUACUUACACCAUAUGCUUGUUUAUGUGAAAUGAUGCUGAGAGUUGUACAAAAGCUCGAAGGUGCAUUUCUGAAUACAUUAAUAAGCACACCAAUGAAAGGGCUUAAAUAUACUGAUGCUGUUGUAUUGGCACAGCUGAACAAGCUUCAGCUUUGUUGGUGUCUGGAUGUGAGCGGAUCCUAUGUAAGUCUGGGCUUCUUGAAGGAAGAACCGCAUAAAAUAAAUAGGAAAGGUUGCAUUUUCUGACAGAGGCUGCAUUUUUUGAACAUGGCUGUUCAGGCGGAAAUUGUACAAAUCUUCUGUGGGUUGUAUGGAAUGUAAAAGAGGACAUAAAAGACUGUAGGAGCUACAGUGACUUGUCAAUAUUGUGAAUAGCUGACUUAAUUUUUGCAAUAGGGAAACAGAAAAAUGAGGAAGGCGAAAGCAGCCACAUUGUAACAUUGCAAAAUAUUCUGCUUUUAAUAAGAUUCACACCUAGGAGCAUGAAUUGUCACAAAAAUAGAGAGCAUCAAAAACAACUCAAGAAAAAAGAAGACUAUAUCAGAAUCACCAUAGGGAAUGGUUAAUGCUUCUUGUUAAAACGUGCUUGGGACAACUUUUUUUUUUUUACUUAAGACCAGGGCUUUUUUUUCCAGCCAGAGCUCACCAGAACUUAGUUCUGGCACCUCUCAGGGGGGCCAUUGUAAGGGAAAGUUGAAUGCUUCUCAAGGAAUGAAAAUGUUUCUACCUAAAAAGUCUUGAGCAGUGCUGUUUUUCUAGAAAAAGAGGUGCCAGAACUCACCAUGAACGCUUCCCUUGUUCUCUUAUUCUGAGCAGGAGCAGGCCCUUAUUCCAUCAAAGGCAAAGAUGGUGAAUUUUUGACACAAACCAUGUGUCUCUUGCACUUCUCCCCCCAACAAGUGCUUACUGUCAUCCUGCCACAGCUGCAAGCAACUGUGUUGAAUAACUAUGAUAUUAUAUUCUUCCCCCUUAGGUCUUUAAGUGGAGUGGAGAAAACACCUACUUUAUCAACGGAGAUGUAACUUCCUUAGAACUUGGUGGUGGAGAGUAAGUUGAAUAAGUUUCUUUAUUAAUCAUAUUGUUGAAAACCCUCUAUGGGCAACCUUUUCCUUUGCUGAAAGGGCAAAAACUGCUAUUUGGUUUAAGAAUGGGUUAAUCUCUUCAACCAUCAGAACUUGACGUGAACAAAAUCUCUGAAUGUGUGCAUGGCUCUUGCGCACAUAGCUGCACUGACUUGUAGGCAAAGGAAUAUAGGAAGCUGCCUUAUGCAUAGUUAAGACACUUUGUUCAUCUGGUUCAGUAUUGUCUGUACAGAUUGACAGCAGCUCUCCAGGGUUUCAGGUGAGACUCUCCCAGCUUCACCUAGAGAUGUCGGGGGUUGAACCCAGAACUUUCUGCAUUCAAAGCAGGUGAUCUGUCACUGAAUUGCAGCCUUUAAUUAUUUAUUUCAGUUAAAUAAUCCAGGACAGUAAAUAAAAGAACCACCAGAGUUUUUGCCCCAGUCCAUUGAGGUCAGAAGAACCAUGCACACAACAUGUGCAGAAGCCUAUAUCCAGGUUCCAUAUAUAGUCAUACCUCGGGUUGCGAACGCUGCUGGUUGCGCGUUUUUGGGUUACGGACCGCACCAAACCUGGAAGUACCGGAACAGGUUACUUCCAGGUUUCGGCACAUGUGCAUAAGCACUAAAUCGCGCUUUACGCAUGCGCAGAAGCACCGAAUCGCAUCACACGCGUGCGCAGACGUGGCGCUGCAAGUUGCGAACGCUGUGGGUUGUGAACGUGCCUCCUGCACGGAUCACGUUCGCAACCCGAGGUAUGACUGUAUCUGGGAAAAGGCCAUGUUGACAUGUUCCUUUUUUAAAAAGCAACAAUCCUCUCCUGUCUGCUUCGGGGCAAAAGCCAACAGAGGAUUCAACCAAAGGUUUUUAAGUCGUGUUGACUUCAUGAGAAGAAGGCCAAGCAAAUGUUUAACCCUCUAGCUGAAAGAAACAGAAAGUUAAAUUGGGCAACUUGUGUCAUCAUUUUUAAUAAAUCAAAACUGAAUAAAUCAAAGUUUUCAGCUAAUUUUCUUCUCUUUGCAGUGGCAGGUUUGGUUUAUGGCUAGAUGCUGAUUUAUAUCAUGGUCGGAGCAAUUGUUGCAGCACAUUCAAUAAUGAUAUCUUAUCCAAAAAAGAAGACUUUGUCAUACAAGAUGUGGAAGUAUGGACAUUUGAGUGAUGUACAUGCUGCCUUAAAAAGUUUACUGAGCACUCAAUGGAUGUUGAAUAUUGGAAUGUAGACUUGCCUCACAAUAGAACAUGCUUCUCCUGCCCGUGAAAUCUGGUCACAGCCUGGCUGCACAAGAAGAUUUUAGGUCAAAAAGUGGAAAGACUUAAUUGCAUUUUUAAAAAUGACCUCAUUUAUGUCGUAUUUCUGCCCUGCUGGUGAUCUUACAGCAUGGAUGCAAGAUGUUUAUGGAAGGCAUUUGCGAUAUACAAGUUUGUUUAAAGCAGUCUCAUUAUUUUUUGUAACUGUGAAAGAAUACUGGUGGAAAAACAUAGACCUGUAUAGUACAUUCCAUGUGUAUUUUUAUUCUGCUUACAUGAAAACCAAAAAGAAGUAAAAGUUGGGUUAGCAAAUUCUACUGCGUAUAGUGAUGGUUUCCAUGAGAAAGGGGGUUAGUCUUUCAAAUCAGUAUACAGCACUUAAAGGGAGCAUUAUUAAAGGAACGUAUUUAUUGUUUGUAUAGUACAUUUUUAUGAAAUGUAGUAGGCAUGUUUUUUCUUUUAAUAUUUUAAUUUCAAAAUUUGCUAGGAAGAUUUAUUGACUGAAGUAAAUGUCUUAAGCGGUGGUGAUGAAUCAUUUCAUUUCUUAGGUAUUUUUUAUACUUUGCUGGUUUUUUUAAUUUUUGUAAAAGACUUUGUUGUUGCUCUGUUCUUAUUAUUUUAGGAAUCUUGUUUUUGGGCAGAACACAUUACUUUGGAUUGUUGGAAAGCGGUGCAUUGUCAGUUUCCAUUAUCAAACACAGCUGUCUGGUUGCGUGCUGGAGACAGAUCCUCUUUUUAAGAGGCUUAACAAUAAAGAAAUACCUUUUGAAACAGUGGCAUUGUUAUGGGGCAAAAAACAGAUUCUUAAACGGUGCCCUAUGAAUUAUUUGAAACUCUUUGUUAGAGAAAACUAUUAGUGUCAUGCCAGACUAGCUUUGCCCUUCUUCUUUUUUCUUGGAAAAUGUUCUCUUUCUUGAAUAAGAGUGGAACCCUGUGGUUGCAGUCUGCUUUUUAAGCAGUCACUUUUCUUUCUGCUUAUUUUUUUUUUAAUGGCAUAAUGAAGCAGUACUUGAGAGCACUGGGUCCAAAUUCAGUAAGAAAGACUACGUGCUGCCAGUUAAUUGAAACUGGAAACCAUUUUUGGUUAUUUGCCACUUCUAAAAAAUAUUUUGUUAGGAAGAGGAAGAUAUGAAAAGAUAGUGCUAUUCCUUCCUGAAAUGCUGACAUUCUCCAAACUUUUGGGAGCCCUUGAUAAGCCUUUUAAAAAAGCAAAUAAAGUCAACAUGAGAGAAGGGGUAUUUUUUUAAAAAAACACCAAACGGUACUUCCUACGCUCCUGAAAAAGUAUCGGUCAAUACACUAUGCUUGUCACCCUUUAGGAUGCCUUCACAAGGCCACCUGUGUCAACCUAGGCUGCAUCCUUACAUAUUAACCAGGUCUUCCCCUGCUCAUGAUAGCAUUGAUUCCAAAUGACUUGGAAAUAACUGGGACCAUCCAUCUUGUGCUAUAUGACCUGGUCAACCAGAUCCAGAUUACAAAGAGUAAUUUCCUUCACAUAUAUAUUGCUUCUGUGUAGGAAACUCCGUACACAAGUGACAUGGGGCAGACACACACAUGUCUGCUUUGGAGUGCGUAGUGCUGCACACUAACAAUUUGGGCUUGCUGCAGAUAGAAAACAUCACAUGUGGUAGGCACAUAAUUCUCUACACAGAAGUAAUAGCCUUCGUGUACAAAACCGCUUUAGGGCAUUUUGUUAACACCUGCAGCAUACAUUUUUCACUCUUCUUACCAUCAGUUCUACUCUGACAGAUUUUCACCAUUACAUAUUAGCAUAAUAUUUGGAGACAUUCCAGGGAACCUUGAAAGACAGUUUUAACAAGGAUGAGACACUUGCAGGUUGUAAGCGAAAGGGUUUUUUUUAAAAAUAAUGGACGUAUUUCACUACUGUUAUACACAGUUCAUUUCAUUAUAUUGUACUUGUCAGAACAUAUCUAAAGUUUGUGUUCUAUAUUCGAAACAGUGUUGUCCUCUCAAGAUUCUGUGACCCUUCAGAAAACUAUGGAUAUUUAAUAUAUGUAAUGCAGUGCUAUCGCAACAUUUUCAAUAAAGGAAUUUAUGCAUUCA